GGGGCAAGGCGGCCUGCGUGUGAGGAGAGGGCGGAGAGAAGGAUGGCGGAGGCCGAGUGGGGGUGACGGGGCAGCAGUCUCGCCAGGGGAGCCCCCCCGCCCGCCCGCCCGCCCCUCAGCGACAGGUCAGUGGGGGGGCGAGGGCUGUCGGGUUGCAGCAGCCGGCGGCGGCGCGGGAGGGGCGAGCGGGCCUCGGGGGCGCCUCCCGCCAGGCUCCCCUCGAGAGGGUCUUCCUCCGCCCCGUGACCCCCUCCCUCCGCUCCCGCCCCGCCGUGCCGCCUUCCGGCCCUCUCCAAGGGGGGGCCGCGCGGGGUCCCGGCGGCGCUCGCUCCCGCGGGCUGCGAUGUCCCCCAAGUGGGCGCCUUUGCCUGGGGGCCUCGGGCGGAGAAGAGGGCGGCCGGGCCCCGGCUCUCCCGGGGGGCCUCUGGGUCUGGCGCCUCAUGGUCCUCGGCUUGUUCCGAUGAGAACCCAUCCAUAUUGUCUUAAUGGCUCUGUGAAAUGCACCUCGGGGUCCUUGUGCAGCUUCCCCCUCGCCUCAGCUCUGUCCCGCCUUCCCCCCACUUAUCCGCCCCGCCAGCAACCCUGUGAGGUUGGUUCGGCAGAGGGAGGGGGGGCUGUGCUGCCUCCAGAGGCAAUUGGGACUCCUGAGCGUAUCCAGUUGCUGCUGAAAGCAGCAUGACAUGGUAAGGUGCCAAAUUGAAAAGGGGAAAUUGGGAGUGUGUUUUUGGCUCUUGCUUUGAAUCCCCAGCUUGAAUUUUGCUACAGUUUUACCUGUUCUGCAUAUGACAGUGGGUGAUGGACAGGUGGGUGUGACUUCACCCAAACAGUAUGGGGAGGCAUGGUGGAAGAGGUUUCCUGUUGCUGAUUUAUUGUAAAAUAAUACAUUUUCAGUGGCACUAUCUAUGUAAAGUUUGUGGUUUCAAAGCUAGAAAUAUCAAAAGGCCCUUCCCUUUUUAAUAAUUCAUUUUACUUUGUUGUUGGUGUUGUUACAUACUAAGACUUCAGCCUUCCUAAGCACCGGGCCCAGAUGGGUUUACAUCGAGCUAUUAUAAAGAAAUGAAAGAUACAUUGAUGACUCCGUUAAUUGAGGUGAUGAAUAACAUCUUAAAGGAAAGAGAUAUCCCAGACACAUGGAAGGAGGCAUUUAUCACAAUAAUUCCAAAGCAAGACUCGGAUCUAACCCAAGUUAAGAAUUACAGACCUAUCUCUUUAUUAAAUACGGACUAUAAGAUCUUUGCUGGAAUCCUAGCCAAAAGACUAAAAAAGAUACUAACAAAAAUUAUACAUGAAGACCAAGCGGGUUUUUUACCGGGCAGGCAAAUAAGAAAUAACACAAGAAGUAUAGUUAAUCUAAUUGAAUAUCUUUCUGAUAGAUGUGAUAAACCUGCCAGUUUAAUCUUCGUAGAUGCGGAGAAAGCCUUCGAUAAUGUAGUCUGGGAUUUCAUGUUAAAAAAUUUGGAAAUUAUGGAGGUGGGCCAAGAGUUUCUAAAUGGCAUAAAGGCAAUUUACACAGAACAGAAGGCGAGACUGAUAAUUAAUAAUAUCAUCACUGAAGAUAUAAAAAUAUCCAAAGGAACAAGACAGGGAUGUCCGCUUUCGCCGUUGCUUUUUAUUGUGGUUUUGGAAGUCUUACUAAAUGCAAUAAGACAAAAUAAACAAAUUAAAGGGGUAACAUUAGGUUUAAAUGAGUAUAAAGUUAAAGCCUACGCAGACGAUGUGGUCUUAACAGUGGAAGAACCUAUAGAGAGUAUAAGGGAGAUCUUGGAAGAGAUGGAGAAAUUUGGGAAGUUAGCAGGAUUUAAAUUGAAUAAGAGUAAGACAAAAAUGAUUGUUAAAAACUUAGAUCAGGAUAAGAUUGAAUUAGUACAGCAACGAACCGAAAUUGAGGUUGUUAAAAAAGGUUAAAUAUUUGGGACUCUGGCUUACCAACAAAAACAUCGAUUUAUACCAAAAUAAUUACACCCCGGUUUGGAAUGGAAUUAAAAAAGAUCUGGAGGUCUGGGCCAGGAUGAAAUUAUCAUUCUGGGGAAGAAUAUCUAUGGUCAAAAUGAUGGUGCUCCCAAAGUUGUUAUUUUUAUUUCAAACGAUUCCCAUAUUAAAAGGUACAAAAUUUUUUAAAGAAUGGCAAAAGGUGAUCUCUAGAUAUAUCUGGGAAGGAAAGAAACCUAGAAUUAAGUUUAAGUUAUUAACAGAUGUAACAGAAAGAGGGGGCUUCGCCCUACCAGACAUGAGACUGUAUUACGAAGCAGCAUGUCUGUGUUGGAUAAAAGAAUGGGUAAAGCUGGAGAAUAAAGAACUACUAGAUUUGGAAGGGCACAAUAAUAGAUUUGGGUGGCAUGCGUAUCUAUGGAGGGAUAAGAAGAGAGUACAUAAAGAAUUCUGCAGCCACAUCUUUAAAGGUCCAUUAAUAGAGGUCUGGGAUAGAUAUAAAAAUAUAUUAGAACCGAAAACCCCACAUUGGCUAUCUCCGUUGGAGAUAAUAAGUGUAAAGAAAGUUAAUAUGAGAGAAAAGUGGGGAAAGUAUGGAGAAAUGGUUACUAAUGAAGGAGGGAAGUGGAAAGUAAAAUCAUACGAUCAGGUUAAAGUAUUUACAUAUGACUGGCUGCAUUAUUUUCAGAUAAAUGAAAUGUUUAAAGAAGAGGUGAAGGAAAGGGGUUACGAGGAAAAGGAAUCGGAAUUUCAAAAAGAGAUAAUAAACAAUGAAUAUAAAAACCUGUCAAAAAUGUAUAAAAUAUUGUUAGAGUGGAACACGAAGGAUGAGGAAGUAAAAUCGGUCAUGAUACAAUGGGCAAGGGAUUUCGGUUAUAACAUUCAAUUAGAGGAUUGGGAAAAGUUAUGGAGAGUGAACAUAAAAUUUACGGCAUGCACGUUACUGAGAGAAAAUGUGAUGAAGAUGCUUUACAGGUGGUAUAUGACACCUGUAAAACUGGCUAAGAUGUAUAAGGCAGAUAACAAAUGCUGGAAAUGUAAACAAAAGGAAGGGACUUUCUAUCAUCAAUGGUGGGAAUGUAAGAAAGUUAAAAGCUUCUGGGAUGAAAUUUACAACGAAAUGAAAAAGAUGUUAAGUUACACUUUUGUAAAAAAGCCAGAAGCCUUUUUAUUAGGUAUUGUGGGAAAGGAUAUCAAAAGGAAGGAUUGCAAACUUUUCCAGUAUGCGGUAACGGCAGCCAGAAUCGUGAUAGCUCAGAAGUGGAAGCAGGAAGAAAUCCCAACGAUAGCAGAGUGGAGAGUAAAACUGACAGAAUACGCUGAGCUGGAUAAAUUAACAGGGAAAAUCAGAUAUACUAAGGAUCAAAAGUUUAUUGAGGACGGGGGAAAUUUGUGGGUUAUCUGGAGAAUAAAUGUUUUGUAAAUACAACGCUAGUGGGAUUUAAAGAGGCACUGUAAAGAAUUAAUAAGUAUUGUUUAACAGAAAUAAUGUAUGAAGGAAGGAACGAAUGGCAAUAUGAAAGAAUGGAAUGUGUUUUAAAGAUAUAAAUACGAAUGAAUGUCAAUGACGCUGAAGGAAGUUCAAAAUGUAUGAGAUAUAUUGAAAUAUGGAUAUACUGUUUAAAAAAUGGGAAAUUAAUAAAAUUUCUAAAAUGAAAAAAAAAAAAAAAAAAAGACUUCAGCCUUCCUAAAUUUAGUUUUUCUCUGGUUGUGUGCAAAUAAUAGCUUUUCAGAGACCGAACUGUAUUGUGGAAAGCCCUUACCCAUAAUGCACAUCAUGGAUGGUUUGGUCUGCCUGCAGAAUAGAUGCCACAAGUGCCACAGAAAGCAGGAGUUUGUGGAACGGAUGAACCAGUGUGGGAAGGCCUCAUGGUCCUGGCUUUGCUGUAGCCAAGCCUCCAUUCCUUCUAGCAUUGUCCUGUGCUUUGCUCCUGCCUGCUUUGUGGCUCAGAAGAUUAGAGACAAUAUAAACUAUAUACAGUUGUACCUUGGUUCUCGAACGUAAUCCAUUCUGGAAGUCCAUUCAACUUCUGAAACGUUCGAAAACCAAGGCACGGUUUCCGAUUGGCUGCAGAAGCUUCCUGCACUCAAGCAGAAGCCGUGUUGGAUGUUCGGCUUCUGAAAAAAGGUUCGAAAACUUACGGUACUUCCGGGUUUUCAGCGUUUGGGAGCCAAAACUUAUGAGUACCAAGGUGUUCGAGAACCAAGGUACAAGUGUAUUAUGGAAAGUUUUUCCCCUGUUUGUUGUGCAAUUGGGCAACUCUUAAGAUAUCGUAACAAAAUUCUGCAUGAUAACUUCUGAGCACAAGAAGCAGGUUUUUUGUUUUUGGAUACAGUUGGACACCAUUUUGAAUUAAGAUGGUGGACUGAGCCAGUCAAAAGAAUUCCCGAGCAAUGCUGGGUACGAGACUUUUAGUUUAAAGCAAACUAUGGUUUAUGAAUAUAUGAAUAGCAAGCUGGUGCAUACUGCUCAGUAGUGUUGGAUUUGCCUCUCCUGGGCUUUGCGAUAUGCGUGGACCAGCUCUUGUAGUUUGUUUCUCUCCAAACAAACUGCAAGCACUGGUUUGCAUGUGACGCAAAGCUGCUGGUUUGUUUCCUCUCUGAUGUGGUAUAGGGAGGAGGGAAUUGAACACUAUUGAGCAGCAUGUAUCAUAGCAUAUUAAACCAUUGUUUAUUUUAAACUGCAUUUUAACGUUUGAGUGCAAACAGGUCAGUGUGUAGCAAUGUGCUCUGAUGUAGCACCGACUUACAUUAUGGACUUGAAGUGUAAUAUGCUAAUCAGAAGGUCUGCCUUUUUAAAGUUCUCAAAGUUCUUAACCUAGCUCAUGGUUGUCAUCUGAACUAGCCAGAUGUUUAACUAAUGAUCAAUCACAGUCAAUCAAUCAUUUGAAAAAUGCUUAUUUUUUAAAAAUAAAUUUCAUUUUUCAAUUUAACAGUAAUCAUAAUAAAUUACAUACAUACUUAUUUUGAUUUCUCUUCUCCCCUUCCUUGGUUUCUUAUAAAAACAUUUUAAAGACUGUAUAUCCCCCUUAACUUCUUUUGUUUAUUACUCUAUUUCUUCCAAAAUCACCUUUAAACUGCUUGAUUUUAAAUUAAUCCUGCUAACGUAUUUUGUUGUUUACAAUAUUUAUGAUAAUCCAUGUAUCCAUUCUUCGUUAAACAAUAUUUCAUCUUGACUUAUGAAAAAUAAGACUUCAGAGCCACCUUGCCCCAAAAUGGCAACUAGACAUCUGCUUUGGUGACUGUAACCUUGGGUUAAGGUGCCGUUUGGCACCUAGCUUAUAUAUAUGAGUUUCUAAUACUGAGCAACAGCCCUCUUUCUUACUCUCCAGCAACUGCUAUUCAGAGCCGAUAUUUAUAUAUUUAUUUAUUAUUAAAUUACUACAUUUCUAUACCACCCUUCAUCCAAGGAUCGGUUUACAAUAUAAAAACAUAAAAAUACAUAACAUAGCUGCAUACCCCCCUCCCAUACACAGUAUAAAAGGCCAUAGAUUGUUUAAUUAACCAAAGGCAGAGGAGAAGAGUGUUGUUUUUGCUUGACACCUAAAGAUAUGUAACAAAUGUCCCAGGCAAGCCUCCUUGGUGAGAGCAUUCCACAAAUGGGGAGCCACCACAGAAAAGAUCCGUUCUCAUGUUGCCACCCUCCAGACCUCUUGUGGAGAAGGCACACACAGAAAGGCCUCAGAUGAUGAUUGCAGGGUCUUGAUUGGUUCAUAUGGAAAGAGACAGUCCUUGAGGUGUUGUAGGCUGGAGCUAAUUAGAGCUUUAUAGGUCAAAACUGACACUUUGAACAGGACCCAAACACUAAAUGGCAGCCAGUGCAACUGGGCCAGGAUUGGUUUUGAUGGUCCAGGGAACCAUCCACUAACAGUGCCUCAGUAUGGAUUGAGCUUCAGUUUGUUGGCUCUCACCCAGUCCAUUACCAAGGCAGUGGUCCAGCCAAUGUUAGAAACAGAUAUGAAAGCUAGGAGCUAAACAGCACCUUAAAAUUAGGUUAUGGGUACAACAACAGAAUGUCUAGGCACACUUUUUUAUAAUAAGAAUACAAAGCUGAAAAUGAAUGAACUGCAGCUAAAAUAUUAUGUUCAUUUUUCACAUGGUCUAGUCCUUUCUUUGCCCACCCCCCUAAUAUUCUUAAGAGGGUCUCUUCUUCAGUCUUCAGAGAAUAGCUGGAAAUAGGGAGGCAGAAAAAGGUUCUUCUUUUCUUCCACUCUGCAGUUUUAAUCUGAAAUCUCUGGCAUAGUACUGCGCCCAGAGCUCAGAAACUGUUUGCGCUAACGAAAUUCCCUGUCACAAAAUGUGCCUAGAACAAGGGGAAUUUCAAACCCUGGGUCUAGCACAUCCACUGCCUCAACUCCAUAUGUGAAGGAGAAGUAGAGCUGUGUGUCAUCAGCAUAUAGCUGACAACAUACCCCAUAACUGCAGAAGACCUCACUCAGCAUGUAGAUGUUAAACAGCCUAGGGCAUACUGUAUUUUUCGCCCUUUAGGGCGCACCGGCCCAUAGGACGCACCUAGUUUUCAGGGGGGGAAAUCAAGGAAAAAAUAUGAUUCCCCCCCCCGCAGCUCUGGGAGCAGCGGACAGGCUGCACGCAGCCUGUGCGCUACCCAAGACCAUCUUCCGCUUUGCGGGAGGUGGCGGAAUUCCCCCACCUCCCGCAAAAGCCCACAGGAGCCGCGCACGACUCCUGCGGGCUUUUCGACCAGGAGGGAGAAGGGACUGAAAUGGCCAGGCAGUCCCUUCUCCCUCCUCGGGGAAAAGCCCCCAAGAGUGGCGCACUCUUUAAAGGCUGUGCGACUCCUGCGGGCUUUUCUAUGAGGUGGGGGAAUUCCUAGAAAAGCCAGCAGAAGCCGCGCAGCCCCUUUAAACAGCGCACGGCUUCUGCGGGCUUCUGCGGGAGGUGGGGGAAUUCCCCCACCUCCUAGAAAAGCCAGCACAAGCCGCGCAUCCUUUAAAGAGCGUGCGGCUUUUGCCUGCUUUUGCGGGAGGUGGGGGAAUUCCCCCAUCUCCCGCAAAAGCCCACAGGAGGGAGAAGGGACGGACUCGGCCAGACCGUCCCUUCCCCCUCCUUGGGGAAAAGCCCCCAAGAGCCGCGCUCUCUUUAAAGGCGGUGUGACUCCUGCGCUGCUUUCCCCCACCGCCAGCCUCAAAGCACAGACUCUUCUGGCUUCAGCGAAAGCAACGCGAAGCCUCCGGAGCGCAGUCUUCCUAGGCUUCUCGUUGCUAUCGCUGAAGCCAAGGAGCCUGCAUUCGCCCCAUAGACGCACACACAUUUCCUCUUCAUUUUUGGAGGGGAAAAAGUGAGUCCUAAAGGGCAAAAAAUACGGUAAAUGGGAACCUUAGGAAGCCCUUUGUUGAAGGCUCCUCGGGGCCAAAGAGCAACCUCCAAGCAUCAGCCGUUGGAAACCAUUGACAUAGGACCGCAACCAUCCCAAAGUGCCACCCAUCCCUGACUCGGACAGCCACUCCUGACACGGUUGAUGAUAUUGAAAGCUGCUAAAAGGUUGGAGAGAAUUAACAGGGACACAUUUCCCCUGUCUCUCUCCCAACAGAUUGCCCCUACAGGGCAAUCAAAGCAGCUUCUGUGCCAGAAGCAGGCCCAAACCUGUAUUGAAAUGGAUCUAGAGAAACAGUUUUCUCCAAGGGCACCUGGAUCUGGACUGCAAAUUUGUCUAAUCUUUUUAAAAACUCUGAAUUAAGGACCAUAUUGUGAUAGUUUUGGUUUGGUAUGAAAAAAAAGGAACCAUAGGAUAGGCUCUUUGAGUGGACCAUUGUAAAAUGUUCAUUUCUUUUCGCUUAAUCUGCCAUGGUAUAUUCUGAGCCAGUAAAUACUGUGUCACAUUGUACAUUAAGAAAUCCUGUUAUACUGAAAUGGAUAAUAGCCGGCCUAUCAAGAUCAUCGUUUUUGACACAGAUUGGCAGCACUUUUCCAGGGUUUUAGGUGAGUCUUUCAGUAGUACCUGGGGUUGAUGGGGACUGAACUUGGGGACUGAACUUGUUACCUUCUGCAAUGUUUCCCCUAUUUAUGUUGUGUUACACUCCUAAACCUGGAACAGUAGAACUGUACAGGGCUGUUCAAAAUCUGAGAGUACAGAGCUGGGGUCAGAAAAAGGAGGGAAAAAAACCUGUGUUUUAGUAUGAUGAGCUUUCAUCAAGUGUAGCUAAUGCUGCCAGAGCAAAGUUGGAUGCUGAUGGUUAUUUUUGUACAAGUACUGGAAUUUUAUUUUUGCAGAUUUCUUCAGUUUAGACAGCUUAAUUCCCUUGGUUUACUUUCAAAUCCUUAGGUCCCCAAUGGUAUGUCAGUUUUUUGUCUCACAAAGCUGUUUAUCCAUGAUUUGCUUUUUUUAGCUGGAUAUCAGUAAAUGCAGCUGGACAAUAUUUUUUCUACAUGAAUAGGCUGGCAGAUUUGAGUUUCCUUGCAGUGAAAAGUGGUGUGGAUGGCAACAGCAUCAACAAGAAGCAACCCCUUCCCAUCCCUUCUCACUGCAAUAAAACAAGGUUUAACAGUUUGGACUAAUUCCUUUAAAGGCUGGAGUGGUGUUCUUAAAAUGCAUGAAUGUUUGUGAGAAAACUUCAGGUCAAUCUAACAUAAAGUGAGGAUUAAUGUAGGCUUGUGAGAAUUCUCCUAUGAACAUGUUUUAACAGACUGAAAAGAAUUCACUUUUGAAUCACGCCUUAGUACCAUGUUCUGAGAAUGAAAGGAUGAGGAUACAUUAAGUGAUCUUGGGAAUUUUUCAAGGGUCAAUUGGAUAUUCUAAUCUGAACUAGAAUAGUGAGCACUGAAGCAAAGGGUGUAUUAAAUAUGUGAUCUUGUAAAUGACCCUUUGAAAAGUUCUUGGCUGAGCUAGCCUCUUGGGUCUCCUAACUGGGCCUUGUAGUAUAAAGAAUGGAAUUUAAAGUGUCAUCCACUGUGAUUCUAAUAUUUUCUUCUGAGCAACUGCCACUGUUCCAUCUUCCUCACCCUUUUGCCCCAUAAUUUGCUUCAGCUCACUUCCAAGUAUUGCCACAUGUCUUGCAGUCACCCGCAUGAUGUUUGGGAGGGUGCUACUAUCUCUAGGUCUUCCCAGAGAGCCAUAACUGAUAAAGGCUAACUUCAAGAGUUCUGCUUCCUUCCCACUUCACUCCCUUGAGCGUGCAUCAAAAGCUCCAUGUAGUAGAAUCUUAGAAGUUUGAAUGCUUAGCAGUGUAAAUGUGUGUAAAUGUGUGCUGUUCAAUGUUUAUAUAUUCAAGUAAACAUAACAGAGAACAUAUUAUAAACACUGAUCCCAAUCCAAUGUUUUCUCAGCUAUACUACUGUGGAAUAUUUCCUCCUCCCCCUCCCCCUGGCACCCUGUUCUAUUGCUGAAGUGAAAAAAAAACAAACUUGGAAGGAACCAGCUCCUCAGCUACCGUAUUUUUCGCCCUAUAGGACGCACCGGCCCAUAGGACGCACCUAGAUUUUUGGGGGGAGGGGGAGAAAUAAAGGGGAAAAAAUUAUUUUCCCCCCCAGGCGCGGGGCUGGGGCGGGGGAAGCCCGAGCUUCCCCCGACCCCAGCCCCUAGAACAGGCAGCUCUCCACAAGCCGUGGGAGCCCGGCGCGAAACCACGCCAAACCACGUCGGGAGACAGCGGGAUGGCGCGCUGCGCCUCCCCAUUGUCCCCCGAGCUUGCGGGGCUGGCGGCAGGGAGAAGUGGGCUUCUCCCCGCCGCCAGCCUCCAAACCAAGUCGGGAGACAGCGGGAUGGCGCGCUGCGCCUCCCCGCUGUCCCCCGGGCUUGCAGGGCUGGCGGUGGGGCUCUCCAGGCUUCAGCGAAAGCCUGCAUUCUCCCCAUAGGACGCACACACAUUUCCCCUUCAUUUUUGGAGGGGGAAAAGUGCUUCCUAUAGGGCGAAAAAUACGGUAUCUAUUUGAAAUACAUUAACAACUUGGGGGGUAGUUUGAUCUGUGCAUGCACAGAUUGAAAGUACUUGCAUUGAAUGUGAUGUGUGAUUGAAAUUCCAUGAGCAUACAUUGCUGGCCUGUGCAUAAUGCAUGGUGCAUUCUCCGUACUCCCCUCCCCAGCUGAAGCUAAGGCAUGCGUAAGGACAAUUUGUGCUUAUUGUAGCUGAGUCACAUGAGUGAUUUUGCUAUAAACAUCCCACAUAACAUAACAACCACCACCUUUAUUUUCCUUCUCCUCUCUCCCAAAUGAUUUGUACCACCUCAAACUGUCAACCCUUAUCCUUUAUGGAUAUGGUUUUGGAACUAAAACUAAUGUUGGUGACUGAAGAAGACAGUACAAUUAGAAUUGAGAAUCCGCUAUGAUUAACAGCCUGCUAACACAGACAUCUUAAAGAGCUCCAUUGCUGCCAUGUGAUAUCUGAGUAGAGAGGUAAUUCCUAGGCUACUUGAGUAUUUGUUUUUAUCAGUUUUCCGAAGACUGAUGCCCUGACCUACAAUAAAGGUGGCCAUUGCAGGUAAAGAUUUGCAGACAAAGGGCCCUGUGCUUCAUUCUCACUGUCCCUUUGAUGUUGAUGCCUGGUAGUGCUGAUUAGAGGAACGUGCCGUUGGCCGAUGGGCUCUUCUGCAGGAGAGCUGUGAUCUCUUCCUGAAUGGGUGCAAAGCUAAUGCUGUGAUGGAGCAUUAUGUGGUGGAGAGGAACUGCUGGAUCCUAAAUUGCCCCAGUUUGUGGAGAAAGGUCCAGUCUGGGCUUGGAGCUGGUGUGGCAUGAUCCCUACAAAGCUGCCGCUCACCUUCUGCCCUGACGGAUAGGAGCUGGCAGGGCUUCUUAUGUGCUGGUGGCUUUGCCACUUCUGUUGUCCCCAGCCACUCAUUAGGAUUGAUCUGCCCACCUACAAUGUCCCAUUGAACUCAGGUGGACAUGGCAUAGGAACGCUCUGUAAAACUGGCAACUGGUAACGUUCUACAGCCACUUUGCGCUUUAGUUUGUAUGGAUUUAUUAAAAUGUUCUGAUUUUAGGAGGAAUUGGUGGCUAUAAUCUGGGCAAAGAAAAUGGAAGUUGAUCCAUUACAGCACACUGACUCACUGGCGAGAAUCUUUUUCUUUCAGUUUGCAAAGUCACAGCUUCUGUGACAGGUGAACCUGACAGUUGAAGAUGUAGCCUGAAAGAACAGCUGUAAGGGUAGUAGGCACCCUAUACAGUAGUGGCAGAAGUGUUUUCAGUGAUGAAACAAUGCAAACAUGGUAGUCUGAAUCAAACCUAACAGUUCCUCUUUCUUAUUUUGUCUAGUUUAGCAGGUCAUCUGCAAGUACUAGUACUGUUUUGUCUUUUUUUUUUUUUAAAGGCUUUUGAUUUUGAGGAUAAAUACACUGUUAAAUUGUUGAUAUGUGUUUGACAGAUUAGAUACUGAUCCUCUGGGAGGAAGAAAUACCUUGCUUUCCAGACAAAGCCUUGAUACAUGUUGUUAUAUAUGCAAAUAUCUUACAAGUUGAAAACAGUGUGUGCUGUUCUUGAAGGCUAAUGCCGUUGAUGUAGAAGAAUAGCAUUAUAAUUGCUGUCUAGUUUUGUUGGUUUUAACCAUUCAACAAUAGCAACUAUCUGAAGGGAUGAGAAAUCUCCCCACUUUCCUUCUUUCCAAAUGGAGGCUAGGAACACUGUCUGGAGCAGAUGAUUCUGAGUUGUGUGCUUGUUCUUCUGCAUGGUCUUUCAUGUUUUCAGGUAAUGAGGUUUAUAAUAAUAAUAAUAAUAAUAACAACAACAACAAUAUAAUAUUUAUUUAUUUAUUUAUUUAUUUAUACUCCGCUCAUCUGGCUGGAUUUCCCCAGCUACUCUGGGAGGCUUCCAACAAAAUAUUAAAAAUACAAUAAAACAUCAGACAUUAAAAACAUCUCUAAACAGGGCUGCCUUCAGAUGUCUUUUAAAAGUCAGAUAGUUGUUUAUUUCCUUGACGUCUGAUGGGAGGACAUUCCACAGGGCGGACGCCACUACCGAGAAGGCCCCCUGCCAGGUUCCCUGCAACUUCACUUCUCGGAGUGAGGGAACCGCCAGAAGGCCGUCAGAGCUGGACCUCAGUGUCCGGACUGAACGAUGGGAGUGGAGAUGCUUCUUCAGGUAUACAAUUUAUAGAAUUGUAGAGUUGGAAAGGGCCAUGAGGGCCAUCUAGUCCAUCUCCCUGUAAUGCAGGAAUUUUUUUGCCCAAUUUGGGGCUCUAACCCAUGACCCUGAAGUUCAGCAUCUCAUGUUCUACCAACUGAGAUAUCGCGGUGCAAGUUUUAAUGCUGUGUUUUCAUUUAGUGGAGUGUCAGUGAUAGAAUCAUAGAAUUUUAGAGUUGGAAGGCACCACACGGGUCAUCUAGUCCAACCCCCUGCAGUUUAGGACUCUUUUGCUCAACAUGGGGCUCAAACCCAUCACCCUGACAUUAAGAGUCAACUGAGCUAUUCCAGUGAGAGCCAUAUAAUUUUCAAGUAAAGCAACAUUUGCUUGCAAGAAGGAAGGUGUUGUUACUGUACUCUAUACUUGUGCAGUGGAACCUCGGGUUACAGAUGCUUCAGGUUACAGACUCCGCUAACCCAGAAAUAUUACCUCGGGUUAAGAACUUUGCUUCAGGAUGAGAACAGAAAUCGUGCUCCGGCGGCAUCAGGAGGCGCCAUUAGCUAAAGUGGUGCUUCAGGUUAAGAACAGUUUCAGGUUAAGAACGGACCUCCAGAACAAAUUAAGUACUUAACCCGAGGUACCACUGUAUUCUGUACUGUUUAUUACAAAACAGAUAAUUGAACUUAUAUUUAUUUCAUCUGCCACUUAAGAGUUUUUAAGGAAUGUUAAUUUUCUUUUCUUUUUUUGGCGAGUGGGUGGGGAGAAUUCUCAAAGUUUAUGUAAUUCUCGUAGCCACUUGUAGAGUUUCUGAAAUUCUGUUCUGAGAGCCUAUUCCAGCAAAGCAAUUAUCAAGGGAGCUAUUAUAAGGAUAUGUUUAUUAGAAAGGUUUCAAAGCAUACAGAAAAUAACACGAUUGUGGGAAAACCUUUCAACUUGUUCCCUGAGCUUAGGUGCACUGCUGUGAGCUGGAAGAGCAUUGUGGGUAUUGAUAUGCAAAUAAAGAAUGGAUUUGAAGCCUUCUAAUAGACAGAGUGGGUGGAUGAUGGAAACUUCAAAUGCCAAGAAAAUCAUUUAGUACAUAUUCUAUACUGUAGCACAUUAUCUUUUAAAGUUCAGUGUUAUUGAUUGAGUAGACACUUUCUAGAGGCCCACCUCUUUUAGAUCCCCAAGUAACUGUAGUAAUGUGAAGAUCACAGUGUAUAAUGUAACUCGUUUUGUUUACAUAGAGUGGCUGUAGGUUUUUUGAAGGUGACAUAUACCACCCUCCAUAUACCACAAAUUGCAAAAAGAACCAAAUAAAUUCUCUACACAAAGUUGCUCGCAAAUUUAUAAAGAUACAGGUUUGGGUGAACUGCCCCCUCUAAUUGAGUAAAAGAGGUUUAGUUUUUACAUUUGGUAGAAUGAAACUGCAGUCACAACUCUUCUAGACUGCUUUUCCACUUCUGUGUUUUAAAUAAUUUUUCUUUUGUGCACAGCAUUUACCGUAUUUCAUCUUCAGCUAGAUCCUCCACCUGAGUAAGAUUGUCUUCCAUAAACACGGUUUUAACAAAGAGUCUGUAAGUGACUGGAGGCGGGAGUUGAUCACGGUGUGGAUUUGCCAAGUGUGCCUUCCUCUUAGCACGUUUCUCCCUUGCGUCCUGAGUUCGAGUGUCUUCACAGUCCAUGGCACCUUUGGUAAAGGCUGUUCUCCAAUUGGAGUGCUUGCAGGCAAGUGUUUCCCAAUCGUUGGUGUUUAUACUACAUUUUUUAAGAUUUGCCUUGAGACAGUCUUUAAACCUCUUUUGUUGACCACCAGCAUUAUGCUUUCCAUUUUUAAGUUUGGAAUAGAGUAGUUGCUUUGUAAGACGAUCAUCAGGCAUCCACACAACGUGACCAGUCCAACGAAGUUGAUGUUGAAGAAUCAUUGCUUCAACACUGGUGAUCUUUGCUUCUUCCAGUAUACUGGUAUUAGUUCGCCUGUCUUCUCAAGUGAGGUGUAAAUUUUUUUGGAGACAUUGUUGAUGGAAUCUUUCAAGGAGUUGGAGAUGGUGUUUAUAAGUGGUUCAUGUUUCACAAGCGUACAGUAAGGAUGGUAGUACAAUAGCUUUGUAAAUAAGCAUUUUGGUUUCCUUGCGAAUAUCCUGGUCCUCAAACACUCUGCCUUCAAUCGGGAGAAAGCCGCACUCGCAGAGCUCAGGCAGUACUGCAUUUCGGCAUCAGUGUUGACCCUUGUGGAAAGAUAACUGCCCAGGUAGGAGAAGUGAUCAACAUUUUCCAACGUUACACCAUUGGGUUGGAUUUGUGGCGCUGCAGAGGGGUUAUUUUGUACUUGUUGGUGCAGUAUUUUGGUUUUUGGGAUGUUGAGCGAUAGGCCAAGCUUUUUGUAAGCUUCUGCAAAGAUAUUUAAUAUGAUGUAUAGAGAGAGGAGUGUCCAGUCUUGUGAGACACAACUACAGUCUGAAGCCAGAUGAUCACCACAUUUGUUGUUUGUGAGAUGUGUUCCUUUGUUACAGAAAGUUGAGAGAUGUUUUCUCUUUUAAAUUCAUUGUAAAAUUCUGAUUUUUUUUUAAGAUGAAACAUUACAUUUGGGGAUAAACUUUCAGCCUUAUUUUAGAGUGGUUGCUAACUUCAGUGCGAGGUGCAAAGGUUAGCAAAUGUCCCAACUUUUCCUAUUGUUUCUAUUCUAACCCCCCCCCCCCCCAACAAUUCUGGGUCCAUGCACUGUGAUUCUUCAAUGGGUUGAUCAUACAGAAAAGUAGUAAAAUAUUGUUGCUUCACUAGGACAGUGGAUUUUUAAAAAUACAAAAAGUGUUUUACAAACAUGAAAGGAAAAAAUGCCAGCAAUGUGUUGGUCUGACCCAGCCUUCCCCAACCUGGAUCUCUCCAGAUAUUUUGAAUUACAAGUCCCAGCAGCCGCAGCCAGCUUGGCUGUUCUGGCUGAGGCUGAUGGGAGCUGUAGUCUAAAGAGAGUUCUCAGUUGGGGGAGGCUGGUAUAAUCUUAUUAGUCUGCGAAUAACUAUUUAAGGCUAACAUGCUGCAGACUAGGCUUCUGCCAUCACCUUUACAAGCAAUACCAUUUCCCCCCCUCUCUCUCCUCUUCCCCUUUAACAUCAAUUCUGAGAAGAGUUCUGUUGGUUGAUUUUCAACUUUUAGCUGCUCCAUGAAAGCAGCAUUAAAAUUUCUCUGAAAUCUGAACAGAUUUAUGUGCUGAAAUAUUUCCUUAGUUUCCGGUGAGUCAGAUGUGUUGAUGAAUGACCACGCAGCUGGGGAGAAAGCACUUCUUUGCCUCCAAGUGGAACAUUGAUGAUCAAGGGGAGGUGGGUGGCAGAGCAGCCUUAGCUAUUAUUGAGUGGCAUUUUGGUGAGUCAUGGACUUGAAACAAUAACUCUGGCUUUCCUGUUUCACCCAAAUUCCACGUUGUCAGUGGUGCUUAUGCUCCCAGUAAAAAUGUUGACUCCAUAUGAGCUGAGGAAAGGUCAUGGGUUUGGAGGAAUGCCCUUUCUCACGGCUCUCAUUCAGACAAAAUGAUACAUGGAUCCUGAUACUGAGGGCAUGGGACAGUGUGAGGGUUGUAGCCUGAUAGACAAUUCAUGGGAAACCUUUAUUUCUAAUAAACAAAUAGAGACACAACAUUCUCUUACUUCUGGCAGCCAGGGGUGGAGGUAGAGAAGAUGCAAUAAUUCUAUAGAUACAGAGAAAGCUAUUCAUUCUAAUGAAUAAUUUGGUUUAUAAUGUUGUGGAAAACAAGUCAUUUGGGAGUAGCAUUUAAAGUGGUCACUUCAAGUGUUUAAAUGUGGGUUGUCUGUAACAAAAAAAACCCCUUCCAAAUAACCACAUAUAUAGCUUGCCUUCAGUGGAAAGCCCAUCUAGAGCUGGUGUACAAACCAGAAUCCCAGAGCUGGCUAUCCAUAGGAUCUCCAUCUUGUCAGUAGUCUGUUGUCAUUUAUUAGCUCUUGUUCUGUCACCAGUUUAGGACAUGCCCAGCCUCUCCAGAUCAAUAUGUUAAAGAGAAAUAGGGCCAGGUAUCACUGGCAUACUUGUGACAUCUUGCCCCAAAUCUUCUAAGAACUACUCCCAUUAGCUUCAUAUAGAAAUCAGUCGCCACCCCAAUCUCCACAGCUUGUGCAAGGUUCCAGGGGUUCCAGGGUUCGUGUUUCCUUUGGAAAUGUGGCACAGUGGAGACUGCAGUAUCUUUAGGAUAUAUGGUUUAUUUACACAAUUACUCAGGUUGUGUAUGAGCAUACUUUGGAGGGGUUCCUAACAUUACACUCCAAGCAGGUCUCUUGCUUCUUCCAUGGGCACAGCAGCCUUGGAUUCAAAACAGAAAUCAGCCAUGUUCUCUGUCUCCUUUUAUAGUCUGUCACUGUUUUUGCUAGCGCUGCACUGCCAGCUGCAAUUCUAAAAACUAACUGGUCUUACUGCAGUGAGGGGAAAAAGUAUUUGAUCCCCUGCUAAAUUUGCCCGGGAAAAAACCCCAGAAACCCAGAAGACAAAAGUCAGAGAUUAUUUUUUUUUAAUAAGAUAUUUAUUAAGAUUUUUUAAAAUAUUACAAAAAAAAUAAAAAAAAUGACAAAAAUACAAAAUAAAAAUAGUUAAAAACACACAGAUUUUCCAUUACAUAUUUUCCUUUGACUUAUUUCCCGGACCUCCUCAUACCUCCCUUUUUUGUAUUCCACUUCAAUAUGUUGGUUCAGCAAAUCCUUUAAAAGUAAUAAUAUUAAAUUUUUACCUAUUUAUAACCCUUUUUCAUAUUCCCUUAAAGCAUUACAGCUGGAAACCACUUAAUUACUAUCCAACAUCAUUCUAACAUUCAUUAAUUUUACAAUAUUUCUGUAGAUAAUCUUUGAAUUUCUUCCAAUCUUCUUCCACCGACUCUUCUCCCUGGUCUUGGAUUCUGCCAGUCAUUUCUGCCAGUUCCAUAUAGUCCAUCGCCUUCAUCUGCCAUUCUUCCAGAGUGGGUAGAUCUUGUGUCUUCCAAUACUUUGCAAUGAGUAUUCUUGCUGCUGUUGUGGCAUACAUAAAAAAAGUUCUGUCCUUCUUUGGCACCAAUUGGCCGACUAUGCCUAGGAGAAAGGCCUCUGGUUUCUUUAAGAAGGUAUGUUUAAAUACCUUUUUCAGUUCAUUAUAUAUCAUUUCCCAGAAGGCCUUAAUCCUUGGGCACGUCCACCAAAGGUGAAAGAAUGUACCUUCAGUUUCUUUACAUUUCCAGCAUUUAUUGUCGGGCAAAUGAUAGAUUUUUGCAAGCUUGACUGGGGUCAUGUACAACCUGUAUAUCAUUUUCAUAAUAUUCUCUCUUAGGACAUUACAUGCCGUAAACUUCAUACCUGUGGUCCAUAACUGUUCCCAGUCAGCAAACAUAAUAUUAUGUCCAACAUCUUGUGCCCAUUUAAUCAUAGCAGAUUUCAUCGUUUCAUCCUGAGUAUUCCAUUUCAACAGCAAGUUAUACAUUCUUGACAAAUUCUUAGUUUUGGGUUCUAACAGUUCUGUUUCUAAUUUUGAUUUUUCCACCUGGAAGCCAAUUUUCUUGUCCAAAUUAUAUGCCUCCAUUAUCUGAUAAUAAUGAAGCCAGUCUCGCACUUUAUUUUUUAGUUUCUCAAAACUCUGCAGUUUCAGUCUAUCUCCAUCUUGUUCCAAAAUUUCCCAAUAUUUCGGCCAUUUGGCCUCCAUAUUGAGCCUUUUCAGAGCUUUCGCUUCCAUCGGUGACAGCCACCUUGGGGUUUUGUUUUCCAACAAAUCCUUGUAUCUUAUCCAAACAUUAAACAAUGCUUUCCUGACAAUAUGGUUUUUAAAUGCUUUAUGCGCUUUGACCUUGUCAUACCACAGAUAUGCAUGCCAUCCAAAUACAUUGUUAAAACCUUCUAAGUCCAAAAUGUCUGUGUUUCCAAGAAGUAGCCAUUCUUUCAACCAGCAAAAAGCUGCUGAUUCGUAGUAAAGUUUAAAGUCUGGCAGGGCAAAUCCACCCCUUUCCUUUGCAUCAGUUAAUAUCUUAAAUUUUAUUCUGGGCUUCUUUGCGUGCCAGACAAAUCUGGAGAUAUCUCUCUGCCACUUCUUGAAACAGUCCAUCUUGUCCACAAUUUGCAAUGUUUGAAACAAAAACAGCAUUCUAGGCAAUACAUUCAUUUUUAUCACAGCAAUACGACCCAACAGUGAAAGCUUCAAAUUUGACCAGAUUUCUAAAUCUUUUUUCACUGCCGUCCAACAUUUUUCAUAAUUAUCUUUAAAUAAGUUCCCAUUUUUGGCUGUCAUGUUAAUCCCCAGGUAUUUCACUUUCUGACAAAAGUCAGAGAUUGAUGUGCAUUAUAAUGAGUGAAAUAAGUGAUCCCUUUGCAAAAGAUGACUUAGUACUUGGUGGCAAAACCCUUGUUGGCAGUUACAGAGGUCAGAUGUUUCUUGUAGGUGGCCACCAGGUUUGCACACAUCUCAGGAGGUAUUUUGUCCCACUCCUAUUUGCAGAUCCUCUCCAAGUCAGUAAGAUUUCGAUGCUGAUGUGUAGCUACUCAAACCUUCAGCUCCCUCCACAGAUUUUCGAUGGGAUUAAGGUCUGAAGACUGGCUAGGCCACUCCAGGACCUUAAUGUGCUUCUUCUUGAGCCACUCCUUUAAGGGUGCCUUGGCCAUGUGUUUUGGAUCAUUGUCAUGCUGGAAUACCCAUCCUUGACCCAUUUUCAAUGCCCUGGCUGAGGGAAGGAGGUGCUCACCCAAGAUUUGACAGUACAUGGUCCUGUCCAUCAUCCUUUAAAUGCGGUGAAGGUGUCCUGUCCCCUUAGCAGAAAAACACCCCCAAAGCAUAAUAUGUCCCCCUCCGCGUUUGAUGGUGGGGAUGGUGUUCUUUGGGUCGUAGGCAGCAUUCCUCCUCCUCUAAACACGGCAAGUUGAGUUGAUGCCAAAGAGCUCGAUUUUGGUCUCAUCUGACCACAACAUUUUCACCCAGUUCUCCUCUGGGUCAUUCAGAUGUGCAUUGGCAAACUUGAGCAAGGGGACUUUGCGGGCUCUGCAAGAUCUUAGUCCUUCACGGCAUAGUGUGUUACCAACUGUUUUCAUGGUAACUAUGGUCCCAGCUGCCCUGAGAUCAUUGACAUGUUCCCCCUGUGUUCUGGGCUGCUUCAUCACCAUUCUCAUGAUCAUUUCAACUCCACGAGAUGAGAUCUUGCAUGGAGCCCCAGACUAAGGGAGGUAGACAGUUAUUUUGUGUUUCUUCCAUUUGCGAAUUAUUGUACCAACUGUUGUCACCUUCUCACCAAGCUGCUUGGCAAUAGUCUUGUAGCCCAGUCCAGCCUUGUGCAGGUCUACAUCCUUGGACAGCUUAGUGAGGUAAUUAAAGGUAAAGGGACCCCUGACGGAUAAGUCCAGUCGUGGCCGACUCUGGGGUUGCGGCGCUCAUCUCGCUUUAUUGGCCGAGUGAGCCGGCGUACAGCUUCCGGGUCAUGUGGCCAGCAUGACUAAGCCGCUUCUGGCGAAACCAGAGCAGCGCAUGGAAACGCCGUUUACCUUCCCGCCGGAGCGGUACCUAUUUAUCUACUUGCACUUAGACGUGCUUUUGAACUGCUGUAAUUACCUCUCUGCUCAGGGCAGGGCUUCAUCCAUUUGUUGGCUGGCACAUUCUCUGCCUCUUAAUAUUCUGCUUUGAUGGCUCACCUCCAAGGCUUUGUUCCCAUAAUGGCCCACGGUCAGUGAGCUAUCACCAGGCUGGCGUGGCUCUUAUUUUUAACAUAAGCUGUUUGGCACAGUUUAAUUCAGGGGUCGGUAAACUACAGGCCGCAGGCUGGAUCUGGCCCGUGGACGGUCAGUGGAUCGGCCGAUUCUGUUUGUUAAUUUUGUUCUGUUAUUUCCCCCCCGGCGCUGCCAUUUUUUCCAGCGUCAUUCCCCCCCCCCCCUACACCGUGGUGCCUCCUCCUGGCUUUUCCCCACCCUGUGUAGUGGAGGAAGGGGGCUGGGCUGAGCACCAUUUUGGGCAGCGCUUCUCCGAAGCCAGCCAGCCCUUUCGGGCCGCUCGUCCUGCCGCCGCCAGCCUCUGCCACUUGCAAGGGCAGGCGUUUUGCAGCCUCGUUUUCUUGGAGAGUUUGACUAGGCGCUUUGCGGGAGCUUUGCGCGCAUUACUUGCAUUGCUCAGCUUGUGCUUUUGCUCUCUCGCUCUCCUCUCUCGCUGCUUGCCUGCCUUCUCCUGCUAUCUUUGGAGGUGUCUUUCAGGGGAUGAGCCGGUGGGUUCUCAGUACUUGGGAGGCUGCGGCAAACCGGAGUUUGAAAUGGACCUUUUUGCCUGGUGGCGCAUUUCCUCGUCAGCGUUCGUGGUCCAGGAGAGAGGGUGGCGGCCUGCUGUUGUUUUUGGAGAGCUCGGGGGGGGGGGGGGAGCGGCGGCAGGCAUUGUGUGUGUUUAAAUUCCUGCUCAGGAAGAGGCUGUAAAAUGAGCCACCAGGAAAACUUCCUCCCCUUUCCCUGCUCUUGCUUUCGGCCCUGCCUAAAGUGAUACAAGGUCCCCGAGAGCUCUGGAUUUGGCUGACCAGGGAAGGCACCGAGGCUAAGGGGAGUUCAGUGCAACCCUCAAUCUCAGCCCCCUCUUCAAAUAUCCCGGGCAUCUCCCCCUACUUUUUAAACUGCGGCAGAUCUGACGCUUUUCAGCUAUCCCAGAUGAUAUAUUUUGGAGACCUUCGGGGUUUGGCUUUUCCCCCUUUUUUGUCCACUUUCGUCCCUCCACUGCCGGCACCGCCAGCAGCACCAUAGGUAGGCAGGGGGAGGGGAGGGGCUGGGGCCCCCUUCAAAAAAAGUUUGUUGAUCCCUGGUUUAAUUCCCCAAACCUUGAUUAAUUUUAACUUUUGUUGGACCCAAGAAUUUAGGGUGUCUCACACCCCACAAACUCAUAACUAUAUUAAAUAACAUUGGGGACAAAAUCAUGUUCCGUGGCACUGCACAGUUCAGCUGUCAGGGGCUGAGGCACAAUCAUCCAAUACUACUCUUUGGAACUGGUAGAAGCAAAACCAUCAUAAAAGGUGCUCCCAACCCCUCCCUCCUAGAGGCUGUACUUCAAAAAUCACUGGGGGGAAAUCCAGAAGAUUUGUACUCCCCCUUUUCCUCAUCCAAACAAGUCCUCCAUCAGGGAGACCAAAAAUUAGUUCUCUUCCAAAACUGGGCCUGAGCCCAAACUGGAAUGGGUCCAGAUUAUCAUUUUCACCAAGGAACACCUGCAGCCGAACCACUACCAUCCUCUUGAGCACCUUGUCCCCCACAAAGGUGUCUCAGUGACAAGGUGGUAGUUAGUAUAAAUCUUUGUCUAGGGUGGGUUUUUUUAGUGCUCACACCACUACCUCCAUCAAGGAAACAAGGAACAGUGCAUGAAGUAAUGGCACAUUCACCACACUCUGGAUCCACUUGAUCAGCACUCUGUGACUGGCAUGAAUAUGCCAGGAUGGGCACAGGUUGAGAGAGUCUUGUCCCAUCUCAAGCCUCAGUACUGAAACUGACCCCACAGAGUUGGACAGUUUAGUAUAGCAGACUUAUAAAUGGUGUCACUCAAGUCUACAUGAUUUUUGUUUUCAAAUUGUCUUACAAAAAUUUUCACAGAGGGCCUCUGAUGGCUUCCAGACUGGGUUAACUGGGGUAGAUGAUUGAGGAGAAUAAAAAUAAAGGCUCCAAAUACAAUUUAUUGAGAAUAGGGUGAAGCAGUGGAUUCCUGGAUAAUUACUGUGUUCAUAUGUGUCAUUAGCUAUUAUAUAGCCUUGGGCUCGCACAUUCCUCACUCCCCUUAAUGUGUGAUUGCAGUGGAUGUGUCUAGGAACUGGGUGAACAGUUUUCCUGCCAUUAACAAAAAGAGAGAGUGUUGGGUAGGGUAAUAAAGAUGGGAGUAGCAAUAUGUGGUGGUUGGCUGAAAUAGAAUUCUACAGAUGUUUGGCAACAGUUUCUGGAGUCUGAAUAUUAAUAGUAUUGUCGGGGCUUGAUAUAAACUCUGGAUAUCUCUGAGCUUUACAUUCCUUUCCCUGGAGAUUAAGCAAAUCUGAAGCAUGCUGUCAUUCAACUCCUCUGAAAUUGCCAGAGAGUUCUUGGGCAACUCUAACUUGCCAUGACAGCUAUUGUUACUACAGUGGUACCUUGGGUUACAUACACUUCAGGUUACAUACGCUUCAGGUUGCAGACUCCGCUAACCCAGAAAUAGUGCUUCAGGUUAAGAAGUUUGCUUCAGGAUGAGAACAGAAAUUGUGCUCCAGCGGCGCGGCAGCAGCAGGAGGCCUCAUUACCUAAAGUGGUGCUUCAGGUUAAGAACAGUUUCAGGUUAAGUACGGACCUCCGGAACAAAUUAAGUACUUAACUUGAGGUACCACUGUACAUGCUUCUUGCUGCUUUUCUAAUGAGGACUUUGUUGGACUUCGUUUGGAGGUACACCAAAAAGUUUUUAAACAUCACACCCUAAGUUUAUGAUUCUAGAUUCAGGUAGGUAGCCGUGUUGGUCUGACGCAGUCAAAAUAAAUAAAUAAAAUUGUCUAGUAGCACUUAGUUGGUCUCUAAGGUGCUACUGGACAAUUUUUUAAGUUUAUGAUGUUCUUCAGAAGUUACAAUUGCUUGGAAGCAAGGUUUUAUUGUCUUUUUGCACAAACCCAAAUAUUUCUAAUAAUGUUUGAGCAACACACUUAUUCUAGAACAAUCUUAUUAUUUGUAGCCCUUGUAGGUUGAACAUUUAUUUUUCUGUUGUUUCAUUCUGAGUUGGUAAUAUUUGUUAAGUGCUUGUGCAGGUUCAGAUAGAGCCUGGGGUCCCCAAAGGACUGCCUGUUCCAUCAUGAACUUCUCUAUCAACUGAAAUCUGCUUUGGAGACCCUCCUGUAUGUCCCCAUUGCUGGCUUUGUUGUUCUGUUUUCUGCUGAGCUGUUCAGGUGCCAGGCUGAGCAUUGAAAAGCAGAUACAGCUGAAGGAAGAAGUAGGAAAAAGCAUUUCUCUUCAACUUCCUCCUUCAGGUCUGCAUAAUUUUUUAGGGGGUGGAGGGCAGAAUGUAACCACCUUUCAUAGUGAAGAGGGCGGGCGUGGGUUUUUUAAGAAGCUUCAUGGGUGUCAGGAGAAGUCCUCAAGGGCACCACUGCACCCAUGUGGCAACCCCAGUCUGAUACUAAGCUGAUAAAUAUUGGAAAGCCAAUAAAUAUUAAAUUCAGCAAAGGCUCCUAAGGCCAAAGUGCACAUUCACAGAGGAGGCUGCCUUUUGCUUCUCUGCAGGAUUUAUCUUCCUGGUCUUGCUGCCUUCUAGUCGCCCUUUCCUGGCGGACUGGUAAUUGUGCUACCUUUGUGCACUGGUUGUGACUGGAUGAUUCAAUCCUUCCUGUUGUGCUUUUGCCCCAAAAUUACUCAAAAUUACUCCAAAAUUACUGAGAGCCAGUGUGGUGUGAGAGCCAGUGUGGUGUGAGAGCCAGUGUGGUGUAGUGGUUAAGAUCGGUAGACUCGUAAUCUGGGGAACCGGGUUCGCGUCUCCGCUCCUCCACAUGCAGAAAGCUGACCUGGGCUAGUCACACUCCUCUGAAGUAUCUCAGCCCCACUGUUUAUUGUGGGGGAGGAAGGGAAAGGAGAAUGUUAGCCGCUUUGAGACUCCUUCGGGUAGUGAUAAAGCGGGAUAUCAAAUCCAAAUUCUUCUUCUUCUUCUUCUCUUCCUCAGUGGAGUUUUCCUGUUGUUCAACCGCAUGAGUGCCUAAUAUCAAUCAAGGGGCAUUCCAUUUGCAUUCAGAGGAUGCACAUUUCUGAGACGAAGUAAUUAUUAUUCUCUUUUAUGGUAAAAGUUUUCAGGAAGUAAAACAGGUACAGCUAAGUUAGAAGAAAAAUGUGCCUCAGUUGUUCAGUGAAAGCUGACUUGCAACCUUAGGGCACUUUUUAUGUGACCCAGAAGCUUAGCAUUUUGAGAGACCCUACUGUCAUUGUGUCAAAAUUUAGCUGUCAUAGUUACUGGGGCAGAAAAAAUUACUAGAGGCUUGUAAAUUGUGCUAAGUAAACAGAAAUGCAGGUCAUUAUGUUGUUCAGUUCUCAUGAUCUAUUGAAGUUCAUAGGUCAGGAUUUUUUAGUUAGUGACAAAUUAUCUGCAUUUUUAGCAGGGGUGAGGAUAUUAAGGCCUGGGAGCCAAAUGCAGUCCUUCAGGCCUUUCAAACCAGCCUUUGGGCUUCCUCAGCUCUUGCGGGCUGGAAUGUGUCUUGAACUGUAAUCAUGGCCUUUGACACUUGGAAGGCAUAUUUUUAGGACCCACACUAUUCUUGUGAUUGUAAUUUGUUUUAAAUUGAUAUGACUUGCUCUGGAACCUUGGAGUGAAGGGCAGGCAGAUCAAUAUGAUGAUGAUGAUGUGUGUGUGUGUGUGUGUGUGUGUGUGUGUAUGUAUGUAUAUAUAUAUAUAUACACCCACCCACCCACCCACCGUAUUUUUCACUCCAUGAGACGCACUUUUUUCUUCCUAAAAAGUAAGGGGAAAUGUCUGUGCGUCUUAUGGAGCGAAUGCAUGGUCCCUGGAGCCGAAUUGCCCAGGGGCGAAAAGCAGAUCAUGCUUUCUUCUUCUCCUUCUUCUUCUUCUUCUUCUACUUCUUCUUCUUCUUCUUCUUCUUUUUGAAAGAGGCAAGUGGGUGUUGAAACAAAGCCACUGAUCAGCAAGUGAUCGGGGACAGAGAUGAGGCUGCUGGUAAAGGAGGCUGCCUGGGGCGGGGGAGGGGGGGAGAGACAGCGAACUUGCAAGGAGAGGAGACAGGAAUAGGAAAGCAAUGAGGGGAGAAAUUAGAAGAAAAGGAGGAGGAAAAAACUGCUCCAGCUCGGGGAGGGACGCGAUAAAGGAGGCUGCCUGGGAGGGGGAGGUAAAAGUCCAUGGAUCCCCAGGAUUUUUGCAUUGAGUCAUCCCAAAUUCACCAUCACAUCACAUAGCAUGUCCAUGGCUACAGCCUGCACCAAAAAAACCAUGCAUCUACUGUUUCCUGGGGCCGCAGUGGCGCAAAAACAUGGUUACAAAGCACGGAUCCAUAUGGAUCCUCAGGCUACCCCAAACUCACCGUCAAAUCACAUGUCUGUGGCCACAGCAUGAACCACAAGAAUCAUACAUCCACUGUUUCGUUCAGAAUAUUUUUUUUCUAAAAACUAGGUGCGUCUUAUGGAGCGAAAAAUACAGUGUGUGUGUGUGUGUGUGUAUCUACACACACAUUCUGCGCUGCUUUUGAGAGUGGUGUGCUGAGCUCUUGGGUGCCUAGGCUUGUGGACCACCUUGGGUCACCCCCAAAGGUAAGUGCCCCCAGCGGUGCCCCUCCCCUCCUAAGCACGCCACGAUUCAUACGUAAUGCAAAAAGUCAAAAUGUUUCUGCCAUGAAGUACAUGGGGGUUUGGGGUUUGUUUGUUAAACAUCUCAGGUGUAUUGGGGGUAGGAAAACAGCACUCUCUCUGGAAUCUACCGUAGUCAUAGUGAAUAGAAUGCUAUGAGCUAAAACAGGUCUGGGAAUGAGACUGAGAUGGAUUCUGAACAAAGAUAUGAGAGAGAGAAGCUAAUGUGCCUUCUUUUUUAAAAAUAUUCAUAUAUAUCUGCAAACUACCUUAUUCAGUAGCACUAGCCUACAAAACUCAAAUGGCUAGGCAAGAUUUGCACCAUUAGCUAUGGAGUUGUGCACUGUGUGAAGGGGUUGAAUUAACUUUGCUGUGAUUAAACUUUAAUGUUUUGUUGCUGUUCUUUCCUUCAGUGUGGUUGUUGACAAGGGACUCAUUUCCAAUUUUAUAUUGUCUGAGGCUAUUGGCCACUUUAGUGAAGAAAACUGAGUAAUACCAUAAGUGGGAUUAAUUAGUGCAGUAUAGUGAUUUUCAUCUGCUCAAUUGUAUUUAGCUUGAUUGGAUUCUUUCCCCCCAUUUUCCUUGUAAUUUGAAUAUUUAUCUAAGGGGUUGUGAACCUGUGUAUGGUGAACGUGCUGCUUUAGCGUACAAUUCUGUUCAAAUUGUGUCCCCCUUCCCUUCCCUCUCCUCUCUCAAGCUGUGAACCACCUUCUCUUCUUAGUUCUCAGAAAGCCUACACUUUCAAGCCAUUCAUAAAAAUAAGCAUAAUGCCUUUCUACAGAGGGAAGCAUAUUUUUGUACCUGUUCCCAGUUCAGAGCUCUUUGGUAUGCCAGAAAGGAAAAAAAAAGAGCUGAGCUUUCAGGAAGAGAACACGCAUAUAGGAAAGAAAUUCUUCCUGCCUACCCAAAGGGUUUUUGAGCUCAGCCAAAUAGUCUGUACUUCCAUGUAUGUCUUUUUAGUCUGUCUGCUAGCACUGAGUGUUCCAUUUUCCAAGUGACUCACUGUGAAUACUCACUUUUGGGGGAGGUAGUGGAGGGAGGAAGCAGAAGAGUGGCUUAUUACACAGAUUAUUCCGCAGAUAUAUUUGGCCUGAUUUUAAACAUAUGGGCUGCAAUCAUGUCUGUUGCUGUAUCUCUUCUUUUUCUAACACCCCCCCCCCCCAUGCAGUCUUAGGCAAAAAACAAUUUGGCUAAUGCUGCUGUGACAUUCAGUUUUGGCACUAGUGCAAAGCUUGCAUCCUCCCACCCUUUUAAUGAACAUGCUCUGCCUAGAAAUUCUGUCGCAUGUACCAGCGUGUUCAGUUGCUUGGAAAUGGGAUUCUAAAGCCAGGCUCUGGUGCUUCGCAAGGUACUUUAUUUUUUAAGAAGGACAAAAAAAGUGCGUGACAACCCUUCAAGUUGGCACAGGUUGCAAUCGGAAGUGUAGACUGUUCUGUUUUCCAGCCAUGACUGAUGCUCUUUUUUCCUGGGUCAGCCACGUGGUAGUCUGGGCCAGUCUGGGCCAGCUUGACCUGGAAGGCUCAUCAUUUUUUUCCAAAGUAUCAAUGCAAAAAAAGACAUUGGUGUUUCUAGACUAAAGUUAUUGUAAUACAUUUUUGCAUGCAAAUUUUAUUUCAGUAGUGAGCCAUAGAAAGAACACGAACUGCUCAGUAGCCCCCUUCUGCAAGAGGAUGCAGGUUUAAAGCCACAUCCGUGCUCAGCCCCCUGGCCUCCCCCCCCCUCUGCAGAAGGCUGGACCAGUUGAACAGAAGCAGGAAGGUGUUGGGGUCUGUCACCUUAAUUGCCAUAUUUGGGCGGAGACUGGAGCACAGCAGUGAGUGACCAUUGAAAAAGGCAGUUGAAAAGCCUCUGCAGAGAAGAGCUGCUUCUCUGUGUUGGCAUCUUUGCCCUGAGUCCAUAUGUAGCUGCUCCUGCCCCCUUUUCCUAAAGAGAACAUUAAACUGUCAAACUCCCAUGUCAUACAAGAUAGGCUAUUAAGAGUAUCUUUAUGAUAGAUUGAAUUGUUGUAAGACGCUCUGGAAGCCAAUCCUGGCUUAAAAGUAAGGUUUAACCCACCCUUUCCCAACUUAGUUCCCUUCACAUGUUGGUUGACUUCAACUCUCAUCCGUUUCUGCCAGCGUGGCAAUAGUCAGGGAAGAUGAAAGCAGUAGUCCAAAACAUAUGGGGGUGCCAGGUUGGAGAAGCCUGCUGUAAAUAAACGACAGGUCUUUUUUUUUUAAAAAAAGUAGGAGCCACAGUAUAUCUCAGACUUAAAAUAUAGUAAACUCUAUUUACUGUUAGUACAAUAGAGACCUUUAGGGGUUUUCUUAGCUUGAAAUACGAGGAUUAUAAAUAAAAGUCACUCCAAGCUAAAAUCAAAUAACCAACUGCAAAUUGAUUGCCUAUCUCAUGAUCAAUCUUUUAUUAGCUCUCUGUUUCUCUAAUAAUAGAAAGGGUUUGCUGUAGAAACUUUCUGAAUCCAAAUGAGAGAUACAGUCAUACCUCAGGUUGCGAACGCUGCAGGUUGCGCGUUUUAGGAUUGUGGACUGCGCCGAACCCGGAAGUACCGGAAUGGGUUACUUCUGUGUUUCAGCGCAUGCGCAGAAGCGCAAAAUGACGUCACACGUGUGCACAGACACAGCACUGUGGGUUGCGAACGCUGCGGGUUGCAAACGGGCCUCCCACACGGAUCACGUUCGCAUCCCGAGGUAUAACUGUAUUUAAGUUCCUUGGUGUACCAUAAAAAUAACUUAGGACAUAUUUUGUUUAUCUCCUAAAUAAUUGUUUUGAAAUGUUUUUCAAUUGUAAAAUUCAUUUUUAUAAUUUUCUGCGAGAAGAGAUUCUUAGAAAGGGAAGGGAAGGUGAAGGAAGCCAGAACAAUUGUCUCAACUCCUCCUGAUUGUUCCUUUUUGUUACAUGUCUCUCAUCUUAAAUAUCAAUCUGGGCACCAGCUCUCUCUGGUAUAUAUGUAGCUGGCAUAAAAUCUGGUGAUACUCUUGCUUUUCCUUAGCAGCAGAGUCAGGCAGUCAUGACUGCAGGGCUUUUAAAGGGUUGUUCUUAUAGCAUACUAAUGAAAAUAUAAAGUCAGUGCCUGGCUAUACUUUUGGGGGCCAAAGAACAAGAUCAGGCAGCUUGUUCAGCAUGGAAAGGUGUAAUGAGAAUAUUGUGGCCCAGAAGAUGCAUACAGGCAGCUCCCCCACUUGCAUGUGAUCUACUUGCACACAACCGUGCACACAUGCAGUGCUGGUAACCUGGAAGUGGAGGAAGAGAGCUGGAAAGUCCUUGUGGCUCACGAGGAGACCCUCCCCAGAGCUCAAAGACUUUCCAGGGUGCUCCCCACUUAUGCACAUUUCACUUAUACGCCCCCCCCAGGGGUCCGGAAUAUAACCCACAUCAGUGCGGAGUUGCCUAUAUAAUUCUCAUGAGCAUAUUGGGUAUCAUACUGUUGCUGGUUGAAUUCUGCAAUAUAGUCUUAAUCUUGAAAUAGUUGGACUUAAAAAGAAGGAAAUAUUCUUUAAAAAAUAUUGAUAUGCUGCAUCUGGACAUGAUGCUUAACAGUAGUUUUGUGUGCUGUGAAUAAGCCACAGCAAACUUUGCUCUCCCUUCUCCUCCCACAUGGCCAGGAGGUUACUUCAGAAGUUUCCACUUUUGUUUAACUAUGGUUUGUUGCUUCAUCCAAACUGACAAAAAGGCUACGAUUAAUUAUGGUUUGCAUAAUAGUUUCAGGUUGACUUUGUUUUAAAUCAUCAGUCAUCAGUUUCAUGAAACAGCAAACCAUGGUUUAGCAAAAAGCAGAAGUAAAACCAUGUGAACUCCUGUCCACACAAGAGAGGAAAAAGUAGCUCAUGAACCUGAUGCUUGCCGCAGCUCAUUGUAAUUCAUGCAAUUUACACUGAACUGGGGUUUGGCAUGACGCUCAAACGCAGCUGUAGACACGUUUAAGCAAUGUGAAAAAAAUUAAUGGAUUUCUGUGUUUGGUCAUUUUCAAGUCACAAGGAGUAGAAACAUUUAGAAUUAUGGAUAUAUGAUGAGUAUGCAAGUGGGAUGCCCCCCCAAAUAAUUUUUAUUAAAGAUUUCCUAGUUUACAAAAGCAUGUGCAUUGUCUUUUUUCAAGUUGUGUUUUCCACAGAUCAGUUUCAUUUGUUGUGAGACAUUCUACAGAUCAGUUUCAUUUGUUGCAUGCAGUAUUAGGCUGGGAAGGAAAGAGGGGGGUGGGUGGGGGUGGGUUAGUUAAACUGAAAACAUAAUCAAAUCACAAUUGAAAAUGUAGGUGCACAUUGAUGACAAUAUAUUAAUAAUACCAAAUACCAAAUCCUACCGCUUUAUUCCUGAGUGAGGAUUAUGAAGCGGGAUGGGGGAAAACUUCUCUGUUUGGUGAGAGCAGUGCUGACAGUUUGUGAAAAUGGGCCACCGGAAAUGCUUUGGAGACCUUGUUUUGAAUUGUGAAAAACACUUAAAGCAUAGAGCCCAGCCAAAUCAUUUGGGCAUAUAUUGCACUGGCAGGCAAAUUCAGGCUCUUUGAACAAAUAUCAAAAUGGGCUGUAGUGGCUUUGAUCAGUGAAAUGAAGAAAGGAAGAACACUUGCUUUAGAUAUUUUUCUGGCCUUAAUUAAAAUCGCACAGUGCUUCUGUAACAUCUUUGAAGGUGAUGCAUGUAUGUCAGAUGGUAAGUGGCUGCAGAAAUCCUUCUAAAGAUUUAAAGCCAAAAGCCCCAAGGAAGAGCAGAAUUAAAUAUGGGAACCUACAAGGAUAUCACAUCUCUGCCUGCAAACAGAAAUCUCUCCAGUGAUGUGAGGUAGAGCUGCUGAGGACCUUGUGUAUCUUUGCAAAGCAAAAAAGAUUUUCCUGCCAGACCCUGUUUUUGUGUUAAUCCCAGUACAUAAAGUCAGUCCUAACUGAGUGGCUUGUCAGCAUUAUCAGGAUCUGUGCGUUUGAAGCCUGGUCCAUCCUGUACGUAUGGCUGAUUUUUGCUGCAAGUAUGAGGUGACUGUACUAUGGCUGUCUUGUGUGCCCAGUUUAACAUGGCACCACACUUUGUUGGGAACCAAGGGGGCCAUUGUGCUGCCUCCCUUCCCCUGUAGGUGGAGUGUCCAUAGAUUGCCUAUUUAAAAUGCUGCCUGCGUAGAAUGUUAAGAUGCCUUGUAAUCUUCCAUGUACAGAGAGACUUGGAAAGAAGACUUGCUAAAUCGUGUGCUCAUGGGCAGAUAAAGGGAUGCUCUGUUUGCACAAGAUGUUACACUGUCUUUGGGAAGGCAGGCAUGUUGGCUUAUGUUGCUGGCAGCUAUGGAAGCUGGCAGCUAGGCUGGCCUAUCUGGCAUAUAGCCAAACCGGUUGAUAACAAUGCCUCCAAUUUUUUAUGAAAUAUGUAUAUCUGUUUUUUUUUUUUAAUAAUAUUUAUUAAGAAUUUUAAAAUUACAGAAAAAACAAAGAGAAAAAGAAGAAGAAAGACAAGGGCAAUCAAACAAUACAAAUCGAUAAAAAUCAAAAUCAAAAAACAAAAACAAAACACAUAACACAUCAAAAUCAGAAAACAGAAAUAAACCACAAAAAUUUAAAAACAGAUCCAAUAUUCCCAAAUCCUUAAUUGUCAUUACCUUAUUUCAUCGACCUCCUCACACCUCCCUUUUUUGUAUUCUAGUUAUUAAUUAUCACAGCAAAUCCUUCCCAUUUUUCAUAAUAUUCUGUCAUUAAAUUACCUUAAUCUAUUUUAACCUUAUCUUACUAUAAAGACCCUAAAACUUAAAACUUAAAUCUUAUUUAUACCAAUUUCUCAUAACCAUAGCAUAUUCUUGCAUAGUUCUUUUUAACAUUUCUGCUAAAGCCAAAUAAUUUCGUUCCAACAUUUUUCUAAUACUCAUUAAUUUUACAAAACAAUCCUAAAUAAUUUUUUUUUUAAAACUUUCUUCCAAUCUUCAUCCAACGUCUCUUCCUCCUGGUCCCGGGUUUUGUCAGUCCUUUCUAUCUCAUCCAUCUAGUUCAUUAACCUGGUAAUCUUAUGUCCGAGGCCCUUAAGUCUCUUCCAUGUCCCUUCUGCAGAUCUUCUUCAUAUUUAUACCUGUACUUUACUUUGUCUCCUGGUCCUUUCACUCGUGGAAACUCCAACUUGACAGUAUUUUUGUCCCUUCUCGACAGAUCAGCCCCUUUUCCAUUAGUCCACACUGAACUCCAUGUGGUAUUUAAAAGCAUGUUUCAAGGUCCUUCCAGAGUUGAGGACCCCCACAACCCCAAACUCCUCACGGCCAAUUGCCAGACUUGAAAAGUCAAGACAUCCCUGCAUAGGGGGGUCUAUCCAGCCCCCCAUUUCCAAGCCAAACAAAACUCUAUCUCUCCAAAUCUGGCUUUUUCCAAGUUCAUUUGUCAGAUCCAACAACUCAUGUUCCUGCUAGGCCACAGCUCCCUCCAUCUCUGCCACCCGAGGUCCAGCAACAACCUCCUCCCUCAUCUGAUCUGUCAGAGCACACUCCUGAGUUGAUUCCUGGGUGGGUUCUAUAUAGAUACCCACUGCCUGUCCAAAAUUUCUAAUCGCAACAGUCAUCAAAUCCGUCUUCUCAUGUAACUGUUCCAAUAAAGCACUUGUCUUGCAGAAAGCACGCACCAGAGCCUCUGAGUACAUUGUUAUGCAAGGUCAGAAGUCUGUUCCCAUGAUCUUAAUCUGUUGCAGCUGCGAAGCUCCCCAGUUCAAAUUUAAUAACAGUUUCACAAGCUCCCUCUAGGGGAAGAACUUCUAUUUGUAUCCAUCUCUUUUCUUCUUUUUUUUUUUAACAGCAGAUCUAACAACAAAGUUUCCUUUUUCAGAUAUUUUGUCAAUAUUUGUUCCUUUAAAAUGCGAAAGAGAACAAUGGAAUCACUAUGUUUCUCUUCUUUUAACUGUCUGUCAAAAACAUUUGUCUAUAGUCAAUGAACUUCCCAAAAAACGUCUGUCCUGACACCCCGCUCCCAGGUUCAAGAUGGUGGAAAAUUACUUUUCUUUACACUCUCUUCUGCAGGUUUAAACAAUCCGGAAAAAAUCCCCCCUCUUCUCCUGCUUCCGAAGGGGGUUCAAUAAUUUUAGAUGAUGAAAGUUGAUCCUUUACAAACGAUUUUCUAAACUCUAGUUUGCCAUGUCUUUGCUUUAAUCUAUCUACAAGAAACGGAAGGCUGACUUCCUGUUUAGACCUUCCCGCUUCAGUGCCAAAUUAAGAGGAAUUUCUUAAUCCAAUUUUCCGUUCUACUCACAGAUCGUUGUUUAAAGUCCAAUUGUCCAAAUUUGAUCUGCUCACGGGUAGUUGUUUUUGUAGCCAAAUUGUCACAGGAAAAAGGUAGCGCUCUCCGGCAACGGCUGUGCGGCUUCGCUCCACGGAAGAAGCAGUUGACUCUCAGCACCGCGCCACUAGCCCCUCUUCGCUCCGGAGCCCGUAAUUGGGUUCCUUUACGAAUUGGGGGGGGCGCGAAAGGUGCCCGCCGAGUCCCAUGGUCACAGGCUUCAUUCGCCUGUGAUUUUUUAGAGGGUCCCCGCUUCGCCGUAGCGGAACAGACCCGUUUUCCGUGGAGCCAGUCCCUCCGGAUCAGAGGGAAUCCGCCAUUACUGAUGGCGCCACCCCGGAAGUCCCAUGAAAUAUGUAUAUCUGAGCUCUGUACCUAGGUACCUUUUUGCCACUGAAAGUAGAGGCACAACUAUCAUUUCGAUCUCCAGCUGCUGAACUGUUUCCAUAAAUGGCCAUAAAUGGUUGCUAGCUAGAUGUGCUCCCUAGGAGAGAUGCUUUUUGCAUGUUUAACCUUAGUACUGUUGUGGAUACCAGGAGAAGUAAUGAAAACAUUUCUCCCCCAAUUUUAUUUCUCUUUUAAGCAGAACCAACUUCCAUUUCCCACCAGGCACAGAGCCAGAAAGCUUGUUGUCUUUGAGUUUAAUGGUAGAAGGAGCAUGCCAUUAUGACAAUGCAAAAUAGCCCAAAUCUAAAAAUAAAUAGUUGGGCAUUUUAAAGUAGUGAUUUAAUACAGCCUUGUAUUGAAACUCAUCCAAUAGCCCUAAGUGACCAGGUAUUCCAUGUAGAGAAGUGAGUGAGCUGGCAAAGGAGGAAGAAUUGCUCAAUUCCUUCUCUGUCUACUUGGUUUCAUUGCUGGCCCAUCCCUCAGCUGCCCUUCCCCUACUAGCCUUCUAAGAGGCAAGCAUCUUUCAUUUCUAUGGUGGUCACAGAUGUGUGUUAGGAAAUCCCUCUUCUGCAGCAAACAGGUAAACACUUCUGGGCUUACUUAAAAUCUUGAUUUAAUACAUAAAUUUCAUACAAAAAAAUUGCAAAGUGCCCAUUAAUUUGUUCUCAUGCCUGCGGUUUGUGGGCCAAGCACUCACACAGCCUCUUUAAAGAAUAAAUUACCGUAUUUUUCGCUCUAUAAGACGCACCCGACCAUAGGAUGCACCUUGUUUUAGAGGGGGAGAACAAGAAAAAAAAAUCUCUCCCUCUCUGCUCAGCGCCCCUUUAGCGAAGCGGCAGGAGAAACGGAGCCCCUUCCAUUUCUCCUCCCACUUUGCUGAAGGGGCGCUGCGCAGCUCUCCCUCUCUGCUGAAGCCAGGAGAGUCUUGCUCUCCCGGCUUCAGCAAAAGGAACCCGAAGCCUUUGGAGCACAGCGUGAGGUCCCGCUGCGCUCCAAAGGCUUCAGGCGGCUAUCCCUGAAGCCUGGAGAGCGAGAGGCGUCGGUGCGCACCAACCCCUCUCGCACUCCAGACCUCAGCGAAAGCAAUGCGUAGCCUCCGGAGCGUGGAGGGAGCGCUCCCUCUGCGCUUCGGAGGCUUUGUGUUGCUAUCGCUGAAGCCAAGGAGCCUGCCUUCGCUCCAUAGGACGCACACACAUUUCCCCUUAAUUUUUGGAGGGGAAAAAGUGCGUCCUAUACAGCGAAAAAUACGGUAUCUAUAUAUUUUUCUUAUUUUCAAAGGGUGUGCUGAGCUAUGCCCCAUUUCAAGCUUUUUUUCUUUUUUGGUAAAUCAAGCAUGAGUUUAAUUGGUUCUGACUAGACUUGCCACAUUUUGGAAAUGAGCAGGCAAAUUUCCAGUUCUGUACUUUCUAGGCACUGUAUAUAUGUAUGUGCUUCUGCAUGGAAGUAUAUUUCCCAUCUUCAUACCAGGGCUGCUGCCACUCCAUAGUUGGCCAGAUUUUGUUCCAGGGGAAAGGAAGGAGAGAACUGGAGAAUGUGUUGAGUGGCUGCUAAGCAACGAUAAUAGGAUGCAAAGUGUGAAGUAUCAUUAUAAAAUCGCAUCCCAUGUUGAACUGUAACCUCUCUGGUGAUUUUGUGUGUGUAGGUUUGCCAUCUUCUUUUUACAGCCGUAGCUGGGAAUACCAUUGUAGCCACAAUAGAAUAUGUCUGGCGGGGCUUUAUUGUAUUUAAAGAAUUUUUUGGGGGGGAAGAUGUUAAGUUACACAGAGCAAUUUGAGGGUGGCCGCUACUAAUGAUUUACGGAUUAUUAUUAUUAUUAUUUUCGUUUUUAAAUUUUUAUUUAGUGGCAGCUUUUUUCAUUUCGCUCUUCCUUUCGUCAUCCUGAUAUAUGGCUUUACUGAUCUCCACUCAGCUUAAUCCAUUGGUAAUAUAGAAGUCUUACUUUAAAAAUCUUCAAAUUUUAAUAUUUCCAGGCUCAUGAAUUUAUAUGGCAUCUUCAGGUUUUAAAAAAUAGGUAUGGUGCACAUAUUUUUUCUGCAAAGCAUUUUCUUUCUAGCUGCGGAAUUGUAGACAUUUAUUGCAUGGUUUGGGACUUUGUCAGGGCUUGAAUUGAGGCCUAAGGCUAGGAUUGGUGGCUGUCAUCUGUCUCAAUCUGCAAAAAGGAUCAGAACCAGGUAAUCAAACGUUACUGAAACUCUUAUGAACAAAAAUAGGUCAGUAGCCAAGGACUAGGAAUGUUACUAGGAAUUCCUAGUGUUACUAGGAAUGUAGAGAUCACAUCCAGGAAUCCAAGCAACAUUUUGUGGCACUUUGGAAAUGGCAGGAAAUAAUAAUAAUAAUAAUAAUAAUAAUAAUAAUAAUAAUACUGCCCUAUACUUGUAGGACAAAGUACAAUGUAAAAAGUAGUAAAACAUAAUAAAAAUAAUUAAAACACUUAACAAUACUAAUGUGUACAAACUAAUAACAUUUCCCAACAAAAGCCCGUAAACGAUACCCUGGCCUACAAAUAAAGAUACAAAAUCCAAAUUAACUUAUAACAUUUUAAAACACUUUAAAACAACCCCCCACCAAAUAAAACACCCAUCUAAGUUAAAAACUCAUUCCUGUUAAAACCAUAAUUGUAGCACAAGGGGGUUGGCCCACGCCUUGUUUCACAGCUUCAGUGGUGGCACUGCUGGGGCACCCUGCCUCCAGGGCAGGCAGGCUUUAUAGAGCUGCCCCAGCACACCUAGCUGGGGUGCUUCCCGCGCUUCCUGCUUGCCCAGGGUCCUGGUACCUGCCCUACGUAGAAUCAUAGAAUCAUAGAGUUGGAAGAGACCACAAGGGCCAUCGAGUCCAACCCCCUGCCAAGCAGGAAACACCAUCAGAGCACUCCUGACAUAUGGUUGUCAAGCCUCUUCUUAAAGGACCUCCAAAGAAGGAGACUCCACCACACUCCUUGGCAGCAAAUUCCACUGUCGAACAGCUCUUACUGUCAGGAAGUUCUUCCUAAUGUUUAGGUGGAAUCUUCUUUCUUGUAGUUUGGAUCCAUUGCUCCGUGUCCGCUUCUCUGGAGCAGCAGAAAACAACCUUUCUCCCUCCUCUAUGUGACAUCCUUUUAUAUAUUUGAACAUGGCUAUCAUAUCACCCCUUAACCUCCUCUUCUCCAGGCUAAACAUGCCCAGCUCCCUUAGCCGUUCCUCAUAAGGCAUCGUUUCCAGGCCUUUGACCAUUUUGGUUGCCCUCCUCUGGACACCUUCCAGUUUGUCAGUGUCCUUCUUGAACUGUGGUGCCCAGAACUGGACACAGUACUCCAGGUGAGGUCUGACCAGAGCAGAAUACAGUGGCACUAUUACUUCCCUUGAUCUAGAUGCUAUACUCCUAUUGAUGCAGCCCAGAAUUGCAUUGGCUUUUUGAGCUGCCGCGUCACACUGUUGGCUCAUGUCAAGUUUGUGGUCAACCAAGACUCCUAGAUCCUUUUCACAUGUACUGCUCUCAAGCCAGGUGUCCCCCAUCUUGUAUUUGUGCCUCUCAUUUUUUUUGCCCAAGGGCAAUACUUUACAUUUCUCCCUGUUAAAAUUCAUCUUGUUUGUUUUGGCCCAGUUCUCUAAUCUGUCAAGGUCGUUUUGAAGUGUGAUCCUGUCCUCUGGGGUGUUAGCCACCCCUCCCAGUUUGGUGUCAUCUGCAAAUUUGAUCAGGAUGCUCUUGAGUCCAUCAUCCAAGUCGUUGAUAAAGAUGUUGAAUAAGAGCAGGCCCAAGACAGAACCCUGUGGCAUCCCACUAGUCACUCUUCUCCAGGAUGAAGAGGUACCAUUGAUGAGCACCCUUUGGGUUCGGUCAGUCAGCCAGUUACAAAUCCACUGAGUGGUAGCAUAGUCAAGACCGCAUUUUACCAGCUUCUUUACAAGAAUAUCAUGGGGCACCUUGUCAAAUGCCUUGCUGAAAUCAAGGUAGGCUACAUCCACUGCGUUCCCUUCAUCUACCAGGCUUGUGAUUCUGUCAGAAAACGAGAUCUGGUUAGUCUGGCAUGACUUAUUUUUCAGAAAUCCAUGCUGACUAUUGGUGAUCACAGCAUUCCUUUCUAGGUGCUCACAGACUGUUUGCUUAAUGAUCUGCUCCAGAAUCUUCCCUGGUAUUGAUGUCAGACUGACUGGGCGGUAAUUAUUUGGGUCCUCUCUUUUCCCCUUUUUGAAAAUAGGGACAACAUUUGCCCUCCUCCAGUCUGCCGGGACUUCGCCUGUUCUCCCGGAAUUCUCAAAGAUGACUGCCAGUGGUUCUGAGAUCACAUCUGCCAGUUCUUUUAAUACUCUUGGAUGCAGUUCAUCAGGCCCUGGAGACUUGAAUACAUCUAAACUAGCCAAGUAUUCUUGUACUAUCUCCUUAGUUAUUCUGGGCUGUGUUUCCUUUGCUGAAUCAUUUGCUCCAAAUUCUUCAGGUCGGGCAUUGUUUUCUUUAUCGGAGAAGACUGAGGCAAAGAAGGCAUUGAGGAGUUCAGCCCUUUCUGUGUCCCCUGUUUGCAUUUCACCAUCUUCUCCUCUGAGUGACCCCACUGUUUCUUUGUUCUUCCUUUUGCUACUGAACAUACCCAUAAAAGCCUUUUUGGUUGCUUUUAACCUCUCUAGCAAGCCUGAGUUCAUUCUGUGCUUUAGCUUUUCUGACUUUGUGUCUACACGUGCUGGCUAUUUGUUUGAAUUCCUCUUUGGUGGUUUCCCCCCUUUUCCAUUUUUUGUACACAUCCUUUUUUUAAUCUUAACUCAGUUAAAAGUUUAGAUAGCCACCCUGGCUUCUUUAGGCACCUUCCAUGUUUCCGUCUCAUUGGUAUUGCCUGACGUUGUGCUGUUACUAUCUCCCUCUUAACAAACUCCCAGCCAUCAUGAACUCCCUUUCCUUUUAGUAUUACUGUCCAUGGGAUCUCACCCAGCACUUCCCUAAGUUUUAUGAAGUCGGCUUUCUUAAAGUCAAGAAAUUGAGUCCUAGUAUGCUUGGCUGCUCCUUUCCGCUGUAUAGUAAACUUCAGAAGAGCAUGAUCACUCGCGCCUAAUGAUCCUUCCACUUCUACCCCACUAACCAGGUCAUCAACAUUGGUUAGGACCAGAUCUAAAAUGGCUGUUCCUCUUGUUGCUUCUCCCACUUUCUGGACAAUGAAGUUGUCUGCAAGGCCAGUGAGGAAUCUGUUUGACCUUAUGCUCUUGGCUGAGUUUGACAUCCAACCAAUAUCCGGGUAAUUGAAGUCCCCCAUUACUACUAUCUCCCUUCCUUUUGCAUGCUUGGCCAUCUGUUCCAGGAAGGCAUCAUCUAUGUCCUCCGUUUGGCUUGCGGAUCUUGUUCAGCUGCAGGCAGGUCCUGGUCUGCAAGUCCCACAAGUGGCCGCAGGUCCAGCAGGUGGGGGGAGAUGGAAUUCUCAAAAUGGACAACCUUGCUUGUACUCUAUCCCAAAGUAAAGAAAACAUUCCACCUAAACAUUAGGAAGAACUUCCUGACAGUAAGAGCUGUUCGACAGUGGAAUUUGCUGCCAAGGAGUGUGGUGGAGUCUCCUUCUUUGGAGGUCUUUAAGCAGAGGCUUGACAACCAUAUGUCAGGAGUGCUCUGAUGGUGUUUCCUGCUUGGCAGGGGGUUGGACUCGAUGGCCCUUGUGGUCUCUUCCAACUCUAUGAUUCUAUGAAAGAAGAUAGAGAUGCUUCCUAAAAACAACAACAGACAAACAAUGCCCCUGAACCCAUUUUCCUGUAAUUUGGCCAAUUUAAUCCAGUAUGGAGGUAAUAACCUUUAAAUUUCAUCCAUUUCUGUCAAAAGGAAAACAAAAUUCCUAGUAGUGAAUUGUGGGUGGUGGAAGGAAGGAAUUGGACUUAGACAGACCCUGUACAUGAAUUGGAGAGCCUACAACAGCACCUGGGACUAAGGCUGGUGUUUCCCAAACCAUGAAAUUGUGGCCUGAUUCAAAUCUUGUUGUCUACACUUUGGACUGAGUAUCUGAAGGAAUACCUGAAUCAUAGAAUUGUAGAGUUGAAGGGAACCCCAAGGGCAAUCUAGUCCAACCCCUUGCAGUGCAGAAAUUCUUUGCCAAACAUGGGGCUUGAACCCAUGACCCUGAGAUUAAGAGUCUCAUGCUUUACUGACUUGAGUUCCCACAUCAACCUGCAGUGAUGUCAGCAAAUUUAUAGCUCCCUUCUAGGUGCCUCUGCCAUCUGACAUAAGAGAGAGGGAUUUGAUGGUGCUCCAUUUAUGGAACUUACCCCAGAGAGGCCUACUUUUUAUCCUUUCCCUGCCAAUCAGCUCUAUUUUUGUUCUUCCAGCCCUUUUAAAGUUCUGAGCUUUAAUUUGUAUUUACUGCUUCUUUGUUGUGAACUGUCUUGGGAACAGUGCGCACACAUACACUGAUGCUGAUUUGCUAAAUUGUGGUUAUGACACUGAGUCCAGAGCUUUGGCUCAUAUGCUCUUUUCCAUAAGUUGAUUGGUUUUUUAGCUUCAUGUCACAGCAAUAUCUAUUGAAAAGCCAACAGUCAAAUGCUGCAUUUUAUCAGCUAGUGCUGACUCUGCAGCAGACUCCCUAUGAAUUCUUUAAAUACUUUUAAUUAUGCUAUUGUCCAUUUGGGGUGGCACAUGCGAAUAUUAAUUUAAAAGUUGGGGAUCACCAAGUAACCUUUUAUUUUAAAUCCCCAUUCAUUAACACCGCGGUUUCUAUAAAUGUUCAAGUUUCUAUUUGCACCUGCGGCUUCCUGCUGUACCAGAGGUUGGAAGGGCAAAGGUGCUACUUCCUUUUGGAAUCCAGCUCAAUAUUUUUCUCAUCCUGACAAAAGUAUACAGGAAGGAAGGAAGGAUCUGGCUGGGACUAACCCAUUAACAAGACUUUCCAACCAGAAGAAUAUGCAUAAAUGUCCUACCAAAGCAUAAAUGCAUAAAUAUAUCCUACCUAUGUUUGAGUUUCUGUGAGCCAUCUUACAGUUUUGGAACUCUGAAGUCUACCUGGCAGUGAUGGAAAAAAGGAUUAUUGUCAGCACAGCUAUGGGAUUUGGAGGUCCCAAGGCUAGCAGAUCAGUCCCUGACACAGCAUCCUGUGCACGUUUUUAUCCAUUUCAGUUCCAGUGGGAACUUGCUUCCUCCUCUCCCUUCUUGCCUGUUGGGAUAGUUUAAUAACCUCUGCAUGCUCACAAAUAUUUGACCUCUACUUCUGAGACUUGACUCUCAGUGCCCAGCCAUAUGGACUGAAUAAAACAAAGCUUUAAAACAAGAAAGAAGUUUGUGUUCUUCUAGCUUCCUGUGUUUAUAUGGUCUGUUUUGGGUGGUGUUAAAGCUGAUGUCCAGCUGCUUCCUCUACAAGACUGAAAGCCAGGUUGGAACUUUGACACUGACUGAGCCCCAGGUGUAAAACAAAAGAGGUGUGCCAUUGUGGAACAUAAGGGGCAGAAUACCAAGCCAUUGUGCCAUGUUCAGCUAAACUGUAUUUGUGUGAGAUAAAUAAAUAUCUUCCUAUUGUGAAGGAUAGCAUUUUAAAGAUGCGUUUUGACUUCAUUGAAGCCUCUUCUACAAAAGUCUACUUUAUGGUUCCUUUGCAUAGGAGAGUAUAAAGCUUUGCUCCUCAGAACAAUGAAGAUUUUCCCCCAUAGAUGGGCAAAUUGGAUUGUACGAGAACAAGCCCAAACUCUCCAUGUUACACAAAUCCAGGUUUCAAUUUUUAGUGUAAUGAUCCAUGUUUCAACCAAAAUAUUAAUAAAUUGUGUAAGUUGAGGAAUUGCAUUUAAGAGCUUAGGUUCUUCUCCUGUAUUUGACAAUGUCUGCAAUGAAUACAGGCUUUGCUCCUAUGUCUAAUGGCAGUGUGGUGCAUAGUUGGAAUGGGAAACCUGUGACCCUCCAACUCCUAUCAGCCCCAGCCAGGAUGGCCAGUGGUCAGGGAUAAUGGGAGUUUUAGUCCAAUAGAUUCCCUAUCCUUGAAAAGCAUGACAACACCCCUGGUAGUGUCCACCAUUUUUGCUCUCAAACUAUGAAUCACAUCUACAGAUAGCUUUAUAAGUGUUUGUGUUGCCUCCCUUAGGAAACAGGUUGCUUCCUUACAUCCAUUGCAAAUUAUGUCCUUGGUUAGUAGAACUGACACCCCUUACAUCACUCUUCUCUAAAAUGCAAAUGGCUAGUAUAGCAUCUCUCCCUGGAGGCAGCAAGAUUGAUGUGGAUCAUCUGUUCCACCUAGACCUUCCAUUGAUCUGCUCGUCUGGGCAUUAAUGGAAGGCUUAUUUCAAAGAAUACCUUGGUUGUGCAUCCAAAGAGAUGCAUUCAUCAUAAACUACAGCCUAAGCUGUCUGCCUCUUACAUACAUAUAUGUGUAAUAAUAUAGCAAAAUUUGAACAAUUUGAAAGCAACAAAGUGCAUUUUCUUGCAGCAUAGAAAUAAAUCUUCAAAGCCAGCAUGGAGGGCAGAUACAUCAGCAUGUGCUUGCAAGGCAUCCCCUUCAUCUCUCUCAGGCUUGGGUAGGUGUCAUUGCCCUUAGAUUGUGCCUGAAAUGAACAGAGCAGAAGGCUAUCUGUAAAUGUCAUUGUGGCACUCAUAUUCCGCCUAACACUUCUUCACAGACUGCAAUUGCUGUAGAUACAUUUUUCUUUAAAAGAAUUGCUGUAAAAUAGGUGUGAAUUGUUUUAUUAGCCAUUUCGUCUUUUCUUUUUUUGCUGUCAUUUUAUAUCCUCAAAAUGUUUCCAAGUAGCCAGAAGGUCCAACUCUGAGUGUGGCUUGAGUGCCAGCAGAGAUGGCAGUGGCUCUAAGCUGAUGCAGAAUUUAAAGGGGGGGGGAGUGUUUAUCUGACUGUAAGGUAGAAGCAGGAUUCAGAUUUGUAUUUACAAGCUUGUUGCUCUAUUGAGUUUGGUGGAUGAGGGAUAAAAUAAAUGACUUUUGAAUUGGAAAUGUAUUUCAUUUCUAGCAGGGGCAGGGCACUUGCUCAGUUGCAUGGUCAUUAGGUAAAGGUAAAGGACCCCUGGACAGUUAAGUCCAGUCAAAGGUGACUGUGGGGUGUGGUGCACAUCUCGCUUUCAGGCCGAGGAAGCCGGCAUUUGUCCACAGACAGCUUUCCAUGUUAUGUGGCCAGCAGGACUAAACCGCUACUGGUGCAACGGAAUACCACAAUGAAAACCAGAGUGCAUGUGCUUUUGAACUCAUCCCGUCUCGGGGAUUCAAAUGGCAGAUCUUCCGAUUGGCAAGCCCAAGAAGCUCAGUGGUUUCGACCACAGCAUGGCAAUUAUGCUGCACAGUCACACACUGAUCUAGUUUCCUGUGCUUUCUAACAUCUGUACAAAGUUCUUAGGAGCUCUCAACUGGAAGCUCAGGGUGAGGUUCCAUCACUACAAAGAUGACACUGCAGCUCUGUUUCUCCUUACCACCUGCAUCAGGGGAUGCUGUGCAGGUGUUGGAUCAGGAUCUUGAGGUAGUGAGAGUCGAGUGACUGCCAGUAAACUGAAACUGAAUCUUGAGAAGAUGAAAGUUUUGAGGCUUGGUGGUUCCCAAAUCUGGGAAAUAGGAAGGUGGCUUGCUGAAGAUAGGGUCGCACUCUCCUUAAAGGACCAUGUGCAUAGAAUUCUCCCAUGCUCUGUCACUUGAGGUCCAAGUGGCCUCAGUAAAACAGAGGGCCUCUUUCCAGUUAUGGAUGAACCAUCAGCUACUGCCAUUCCUGGAUGGGGAUAACUUGGCCUCAGUUAUCCACGAUCUAGUAAUAUCCCACUUGGGAGAUUGGAUUGAAUUGGGGUUCUGCAGCUUAACAAUUGUCCUUAGAAGCAAAUGUUGCUCAAGUUGCUGGACAGUACUUGGGAAGAAACAUUUAAGAUUACACUGCAAGUCUGCUUGCCAGAUGACAAACUGGUAUAUUAAAGUAAUAGUAAUGUGAAAUAUUCUUCUACAGUUUUCUGUUGCAACAGUAAUGGAGAACCCAAUGACCACUUCAUCUCCCUCGUCACAUUUUCCAGAAGAUGAUGGCUCAAAGGAGAGUAAUGACGUUGUUCCAUCAGGGUAAGCAACUGCUCCUCUAGUUUUGGCUCAUGCAUACAUAGUCCACUAUAGGACCUACAAUGGUGAUUUGCUGAAUAUUUUUCCUUUGCUUUGGUUUAAAACACCCACUUCUAAACUCUGUCUUCAGUGACUUAUUGAUACUUGUUUAGAAAAACACUUAGCAUUUCCCUUUGUAUGUUGGAGAGGUGGUUUUCAUGUGGUGCUUAUUCAUACCUGAAAUAAACUGCACCCAAAGGGGUGGUGUUGAUCAGCUGAGGUAGAUUUCCUUAGUAUUGGUGAUGAGAUAGACCUGCAUAGUUUUUAAGACGAUAGAGUAUAUGAGCCAUGGCCACUGGCCGCUUCCUAGGGGGAUGCUUUGCCUUUGACAGUGCCAUUUUGGGUAGUUUUUUGGUAGAAGCCCUCUUAUAAACGCUCCAAGGAAUGGGAUAGAGCUAGUGGCUAAAGCUCAGUCUUUCAUCCCAAGCUCCAGCAUGAUGACCGUUUAGUCUUCCUUGGGCUUUAGAACAUCAUUCUGUUGGAAUACUUGAUAACUGGGAUAGACUGUAAGAGAAGUUGUUCUGGCAGGUGCAACAUGCCGUGUUCUGACGGUCGUUCUUUGGCACGUGUUUCUUUCCAACUACUUUUGAUAUUUGCAACAUCACACAAUAUCCCAGGGAGUAAAAUAGGAAGUACCUUUUCCUAACAAUUGUGGGACUAUAUUGCAUAAUUACCUAUUUUUCCCCCAGGCUAAAUCAUUCAGAAGGAUCGUGCACUGGCAGUGCCUCCCAGUCCGCCAACAAUCCAGAUUUUGCAGAGGACUUGCUGCACAGUCAACUGUUGCGAAAUGAGUCAUCUAAUAAAGCUGAAAAUAGCGAGCCAAGGCCUGAGGAGGAGGUAAGCAGAAAUUAGAAGAAGUCGUCUUCCUCCACCUAAAUUCUCUAUCCAUUCAUAUCUUCAAAAAAUAAAACAAGAGAGUUGAUUAUUUGGAAUUUGAUUAGCAUUCCUCUCCUCUGUAAAUGGAUAACACCUGCAGUGAAACAGGUUAUGCUGUCAUUCCUAAUCCUUCCUUGAAUGAGUGACUGACAGCAAUUUAGAACUACAGCAAUCCUAGGAAGCUGGCAUAAGUUACACCAGCUUAAGUAAAGCUCAGGAAGCCCGGGGAGGGGGCAAACAUGGCUGAGGUGGUCCUAGCCUGGUGUGGAAAGAAGCCACUGAAAUACAGAGAGGCCACCCCCCCCGUCAGCAAGGCGAUGGGAGCUGCACCCACCUCUUGACAUGCAGGGGAUAGUGCCCAGGUGCCCUCAUCAGGUAGGUACAAACUGUGAGGUCACACAGAGAUAACCCCUGAGAAGCUGCUCAAAUAUCAGCUGGUAGUUCCCAACAUCAUUUUUUUCUGAACUUGCUAAAUUCUUUGCUACAGCAUUUGCUUUGUGGCAAGGAGUUCCCAUUGCCCAACUUUCCUCAAACUAGGUGCAGUCAUUGACUCUGGGGAGAUUGUGGCAUCCUCCCCAUUUGAGCCAUGAUUUGUGGAUCCAGAGGCUUCAGGUGCAGAAGGCACUUUUCUUUUAGUCCCUCCUCCCCUACUUCCGUUAUUUUAAUGUUGUAUUUUAUUUUUGUUUUUAAGUUGUAACCAUUCACCUUGUUCUUAUUAUUGCUUGUAAGCCGCUCUGAGCCUGGCCUUGGCUGGGGAGGGCGGGGUAUAAAUAAAAAAUUAUUAUUAUUAUUAUUAUUAUUAUUAUUAUUACUUCCCACAAAGCAUUUUUACUCAUCUCCUGUAAUGUCUUGCCCCAUUCUCUUUUUACAGCCAACAUGUACUUUACCCCACCCCCCUGCCAACCCCCACUCCAGUUUCUUUCAUCCUUCCUUCCUGGUCCUUUUACAUUUUCUUCUUCUCUUAUUAUAAGAGAUUUCUUUUUAUUUUCUGUUUAUUUCUUUAAUAAUAAUAACAAUAAUAAAUAUUAGACUUUUAUCUCAGUUUCUAAUUACCUUCAACACCUCCUGUGCCCUUUCCCCUCAGAGGCGGGAGACAUUCCCCCCACCCCCACUUCUGUAUCCUGGCCUCCUCUACUCAGCAUGCAAGGAGUUCCUGGUGGGACGCUUGCCAAUCCAAAAGGCUUUGGCACGGCUAGUGGGUGGGGCACAGGGGCCCACCUGAACGUGGCUCAAGACCCAUGGGCACAUCCCAGCCUACUGUUUGAGAAAUAUUGCUGUGGAUUCCCAAACAGUUUUAAAUUUAUUAAAAUUGCCGUUGAUUUUCUGGCAGCUUUGUCUAUCUUUAAAACCUCAGUACAUUUUGUACGUACUUUGAGUGUGGCUUAUCCCCAAAUCUUCUGUUUUAACUCUUCCUAACUUUUCAUCGGGCCUUUCAAACCAUAUCAGUCUUGGUUUAUUUAUUUUGACAUUUUUUAGUCUUUAAGGUGCCACAAGUUUUUUUUUUGUUUUGGCUGCAGGAGACCAACAUGGCUACCAUGCAGGAAAUUUUUGAAAACAUUUUUUUGGGUUGUGUGUUUAAAUCCACAAUAAAAUUAUCUACAAUUCUUAAGAAUUUCUGAUUUUGGCUUUACCAGUGAAAGCCGAUUCUGCCCAAAUUUAACCCUUACACUCUUAUCUGAUCCUCACCAUGCCCCCUUCUCCAUUACUUAACAACUUUGCUUGUUGAACACAGCUUAUUUUUUUAUGUAUUUGAUCAUGCCUGCUUGGCUGAACCAUAAUUUGACUGUUGAAAAAGAGUACAGUGGUACCUCGGGUUAAGUACUUAGUUCGUUCUGGAGGUCCGUUCUUAAUCUGAAACUGUUCUUAACCUGAAGCACCACUUUAGCUAAUGGGGCCUCCCACUGCCGCCGCGCGAUUUCUGUUCUCAUCCUGAAGCAAAGUUCUUAACCUGAGGUACUAUUUCUGGGUUAGCGGAGUCUGUAACCUGAAGCGCAUGUAACCCUAGGUACCACUGUGGCAGGGAUGUUUACUGAAGCUGUGUGUGAAUGAUAAAAGCAUUUGAGAUGCUAAUGUAGGUUUAAACCUGGAGCAGGGAUCCAUGGCCCUCCAGAUGCUGCUGGACUCCCAGAUUCUAACAGCCCUGACCACUGGCUCUGCUGCGUGGGGCUUAUGGGUGAUGGGAGUCUGACAACAUCUCAGAGGCCACCUGUUGUUGUUCUUCCCUCCAGCUUUAAAGGAACUGAUGUCUCACACUGAACUUUCCUCUCCCUGUCUUUGUAGCAAAGAACUAAGAGAGGAGGCUGGUCCAAAGGGCGAAAGAGGAAGAAACCCUUAAGGGAUAGCAAUGCUCCUAAAUCUCCCCUAACAGGUUACGUGCGGUUCAUGAAUGAGCGGAGGGAGCAACUUCGAGCGAAGAGGCCAGAAGUUCCAUUCCCAGAAAUCACCAGGAUGCUGGGCAAUGAGUGGAGCAAACUCCCUCCUGAAGAGAAACGGGUACUAUUACAUUACUUUCCUUUAUUAUGGAAUUUGGUGCUUUAUUUCAAAGAUUUCCCAGGUGAUAACAGAAAGUCUAUUCAAGUAACUAAAGAGGGAUUCUAGAAACUUACGUGCUUAUUUUAGAUAGGUAGGGCCUAAAUUUUCUCUGCAAUGUAACAUAGCCCUGUGAGUCUUCAGGAGAGAAUCACAAAGUAUGUCAGGACAAGAGUUUCCCUUUGCCCGUAAUGGGAAUGGGGAAAUGGCAAGCCGGAUUGCUAAGAGGUAGAAUUGCUUCAUGCUGUACAUUCAUCAGCACAGCUGGUGUCUUGGAAAAGACAGGAUGCAUAUUGAAAAUGGGGGUGCUGUUGACAAUUUAUCCUUCCACUUAGAAGGGCUGCUAGUGAUGCAGAGAAAGCUAAACUCACUAGGGUUUUGGGUAGGAAGAUUUGCUUCAUUAGUCUAUUUUUAAUCAAAAGAUCCAUCCCAGAAUGGGGAUUGUGAAGAGGGGGCUGAUGGUUUGCUUGCUUGCUUAUUUCCUUUAUAUCCCAUGGGCCCGGAGUGGCUUACAGCAGUUUUUCUAACAGUGCAAUCCUACACAUGCUGCCUACUCAGAAGCAAAUGCCACUGAAGAGCAAUGGGGUUCUUUCCUGGGUAAGUGGGUGUAGGAUUGAAGCAUUAGUGAUAAUAGUUUUGUGCCCAAGGGACUUGCAAUCUGCAGAAAUGGAAUGGUUUGGGGAAUAGGAGGCUGAAUAAAGAAUGCCAUUGUAAGCAUAUACCACAUCAUUAAUAACCUGUCCACAAAAACAUCCAAAAAAUGGUGCUUCUUGCAUGUGUUCCAAGAGGUGCUGCAGUGUGAGUUACCCAGGAGAUAGCUGGAUCUUCAUUCCCACCAUGCCUCAUCCUGUUCUCCCCCUUGGUGUUUGCCCAUCUUGGCCACAGCCUGUAAAUGCUUAGAAUUGACAUCAGCUGUGGCCACACAUUUUCUCUGCAUCAAGCAAGAGAACCUAGGGAACCAGCAGCGGAAAGUGGGGCACCCCAGGCCUGGUUAGGGAGAAGCUGGGAUAUAGUCUGUCAUCAGAGACCUUGCAAUGGAAUUGCUGGAUGGGGGCGAGGAAGCCAGGAUGCCACCACCUCAGCUCUGCCUGUGGUGCAGGGCGACCUGGACCCUUGAGAAUUGCUCCUGUGCCCAGUUGUGGAGGACUUGCAGCAAGGUGGGGAGGGAAAUUUUGGCUGCAGUUACGAGCACGCUUAUGUUAGGAGUAAGCCCUAUUGAAAAGAGUGGAAUUUGUUUUUAAGCAAAUAUGCCUAGGAUUUCUCUUUUGGAAGAGGGUAAGUCUGAAGGAGUAAAGAGGAAGAAUAGCAAAGAGCUGACUGAGAUAAACCCCUGCUCCCUACAUAGUUAAUAUAAGAGCAGCCGUGCUGGAGCAGACCAAAGCCACAAUUCUGCUUCAGUGCCCACCCACAUGCCCAUGGAAAGCUCACAAGCGUGGCAUUUAUUUCAUAGGAUCACAAAUUGAAGAGUUAAAAGGGACCCGGAGGUUCAUUUAGUCCAACCCCCAGCUAUGCAGAAAUUUAUUUUGUUUCAUAAAAUUUAUACACCACCCAAUUAUUAAAAACAACCUUAGAGUGGUUUACAUGACUGGAAGAGCCACCUGUCGUCAUUCCCCAGCAACCAGUAUUCUUAGGCAUCCUGCCUCUGAUUCUGAAGAUAGUGAUAGCCAUGGUAAUUAGCCACUGAUUGCUUAUUCAAAAUGGGGGUAUCCUGUAGGCUUACAUAAAAGCAUUAUGAUAUUGGCGUAUGUGUAUGAGGGUUACCCCAGGGCCUCCAGCACCAGAAUCUCUUGUAUUGCAUCUUGUAUACAGAUAUGUGCAGUCACUCUGGCCCUCCACAAUUAUUUGCCUCUCUAGAAUAAGUAAAACUGCCCAUACUCUUCUCAUUCACCACCAGUUUCUAGAUAAGGCUAUAAAGUAGAAUAAGAGGAGAGGCCUGGAGCAAAUUUAAAACCAAAUGGAAAAGGAGGGAAGAGAAGCCUUUAUGGAAAAGGGCACAAUCGUCUCCAUGCUAGCUUGUGUCUACUGUUUAAGUUCUUUACACUUUGACAGCUCCCUUUGAAGUCUUCUGCAACCAAGCUCUGUUCAUUAAGCAAAUGUGACAGAAUGCUCCAGGCAACAUUUGAUAUGAUUUCUUUAGAACUAUAUACAAGCUCAUCACUGUUAUGAAAGCUAAAACUCUGGAUUUGAUUCAUCCCAUACGGAUACAAGGGUGAUGUGAUUUGUGCAUGUGAAGUUAAACUUGAGAUGCAAUCUCUUUGUCUUUUCCAUUUAUAGCCCACCCCAUUGCAAGGGUUCAAGGCAGGGACCCAUUACAAUAUAGGUGUACUCACAUUGGUUUGUCUUGGCUUAACUCUGGCAAGUAAGUGCCCCUUCAGAUUGGAUGGUUUUAUGUAUUCAGAAAAGCAUAAAGUGGACAUAUCCAGAGGAUGGAUGUUACACAGAUGAGGAGCAGCCACAGAGAUGUCUUUCUGUGUAUCCUUGACUUUGGCAUACAGAAGAAGGAAGCCUCAGCUGACCUUAACCUUUGGCAUUCAGUUUCUCCAUUUACACUUGUCCGUUCUGCUUAUUCAAAGACUGCAGCAGAAGUUGACCUGCCUGGUUGACUUGCUUGGUGCACUGAAGCAGGGGACGAAUGAUCUGUUCUCUUAUUGCAGCGCUACCUUGAUGAAGCAGAUAGGGAUAAGGAACGUUACAUGCGGGAGCUGGAGCAGUACCAGAAGACUGAGGCGUACAAAGUUUUCAGCAGGAAAGCACAGGACAGGCAGAAAGGCAAAUCGCAUCGACAAGGUACUGAACUAUGGCAUAGGAGUCCUUAAAAGUAACUCCUAGAACUGUUGACUAGUCUGUCUAUUUUGUUCUCAUUUAACAGGUAUUGAAUAAUGGUUUGCAGUAGGUCACGGCCACUCCAUUUAACUUGUUCUCCCUUCCUUGCUUUGAGCACAGGAUGUACCUGCAAUGUGGAUGAAUGUAUUACUGUAUUGGUCCAAAUAUAAGCUGCACUUUUUUUCCAAAUUCCGACCAUGAAAAAUUAAAGUGCGGCUUGUGUUCGCGACCUUACGAUAUCACUGCUGAAACAGCGGCCCCGGAGGGCCGUCGGGGGUGCGGGACAACGGCGCCCAUCCUGACCGUGGCCCCCAAGCCUCCCCUGAACUGCUGGGACAAAGGUGGGGAGGCCUCCGGCAAAGCGGGCGCGGCUCCCUCUCCCCAGAGAGCAGCCUGGGAGCGUGGGGCAACAGUGCGACGCCCACCUGCCGCUCCCAAGCUUGCCCCCAACACAGGUCAGUUGCAGACCAUGGGACUUGCCCUGAAGCCAACACAAGUAUUUAAAGCACAACCUUUUUUUGUGUUUUGAAGGCACAGGUAUCUCUGUUGUUCACUGUGAAUGUAGCCCCAAUGUUAUGGCCUGACCAUAGGUUGCGAAGCAGUGAUGGGUGACCCCCACCUCCUCAAAUAGGGUUGGAUCAGAAAUAAGCCAUGCUAUUCCCCAUCCCGUCUGUAAAAGUGAAAAAUAACUUGGCUUGUUUUUGAGCCAGUCUGAAUUUGGACUGGAGGCCAGCAGCGGCAGCAGCCCUAAACUCCAAGCUUCCCUCCCUUAUCUUCCCAUAAGCCUCCUUGCCUGCCCCCUGUUCCUCCAAAUACUCCCCUUUGUUCCUUCCUUCCUUCCUUCCUUCCUUCCCUCCCACCCACCCACCCCUUUUUCCUGCCCCACAUGCCUGGCUGCUGCUGACACUCUUAAUUUUUUUUUGGGGGGGGGGGGACAGGAACAGGGAAGUACCACCUCCUUCUGGUGCCACAUCCAAGAAGCCCACAGGGAAACUAUUGAAAUACCCCUUGGGAGAAACUGCAUUUCUCAGGAUUGACUUAGGGACACAUUUGCAGUGGUACCUCGGGUUAAGAACUUAAUUCGUUCUGGAGGUCUGUUCUUAAACUGAAACUGUUCUUAACCUGAAGCACCACUUUAGGUAAUGGGACCUCCUGCUGCUGUCGUGCCGCCGCCGCACGAUUUCUGUUCUCAUCCUGAAGCAAAGUUUUUAACCUGAGGUACUAUUUCUGGGUUAGCAGAGUCUGUAACCUGAAACGUCUGUAACCUGAGGUACCACUGUAUUUGGGUAUUCUCUCCCCCCCCCCUCCGAAUUUUAAAGGUGCUGCUUAUAUUCGGGUACGGCUUAUAUUCGGGCCAAUAUGGUACUUAUCUAUAACGAAGAGUCUUGUGCAACAGAUUAACAUGGGCACCACUUUGGAAAUCAUUUUAUAUGUCACUUGUACCCUCUUUCUCCCCGCCAUCUCCCAAACCAACUUCUCAUGCCCUGUAUGUCUUGCUAGCAGCAGGUAUGCAGGGGGAGACUGGAAUUCCUUAAACAUUGCACAGGUACUCCAACUCCCUUUUAAAAGCAAGGGAGGAAAGAGUUUCCCUGACCUGUAGCAGGUAGAAUAAAUAUAAACAGAUGAACUCCUAUAGCAGAGGUAGGCAACCUAAGGCCUGGGGGCCGGAUGCGACCCAAUCGCCUUCUCACUCCGGCCCGUGGACAGUCCGGGAAUCGGUGUGUUUUUACAUGAGUAGCAUGGGUGCUUUUAUUUAAAAUGCAUCUCUGGCUUAUUUGUGGGGCAUAGGAAUUCAUUCAUUUUUAAUUUUUUUCAAAAUAUAGUCCGGCCCACCACAUGGUCUGAGGGAUGGUGGACUGGCCCACGGCUGAAAAAGAUUGCUGACCCCUGUCCUAUAGACUAAUUUUACUCUGAAGGUGAUAGACAGCUCCAAAUCCACAAAAACUCAGGUGUAGCCACUCUGCUCCUCUUAAAGAUAGUCACUUAAAGACUGGUUGCUUCUGGAAUCUUUUGUUGGCCCUGACAUUGGGUGUCCCAGUUCCCAUGAUAUAGAGGCACAAAUGUAUGUUUGAAUGCAUUGCAUCCUCAGGGGGCUGGACAAUAUAUAGACCUGUUGUUGUUUUAUUAGUAGUAUUAGCAAUAGUAUUAGUGUUAGUGUUAGUAUUAGUAUUACUACUACUACUGUUUAUUACCGGCUCUCUUCACCCCAAGGUCCCAGGGUGGGCUUCACAAUAUUUAAACACAAUUUUUAAAACAGUUUAAAACAAAACUUUGUCUCUGCCUAUCACAGCAAUGGUCAUUUUUUAAAAAGUUACAAAGAACAUGGAAUAACCAUUCUCAUAGGGAUAUAUAGUGUAACUAGGAAAGGAAUUACGGGAUGUGUCUCAAAGUUACUCAAGAAAUUGUUUCCCUCUUUCAAAAUUCAUUUUGCUUCUCUUUUUGUUUUGUUUUUUUCCAGAAGGAGCACGACAGGCUGCCCAUGACCAUGAGGUAAAUUUGCUCAUACAGCCAAGCCUGACUUUUAAAUAAUACAGUAGUUUAAGUUUGGCCAGGGGGUGGGUGGGGGAGAAGUGGGGGGGUGUGACAUGAUCCAAGUGUGAAUUGUGUGAUGCUGAUCAAGGAACAAAGGGAAAUAAAACCAUGAUCUCGGCAUACGUGAUUUCUUUGUUUCCUUGGCUUUAAAUGGAGCUCCAUUUAGUACUUUUUCUGGAGUGCUGUUCUUAUCACAGUACUCUUACCAACAAGCUAGGUAGACUGUUUUCUAUCCCAAGGUGCUCCUGUAUGCAGUCUCCCAAAGCCAACUUGCUCCAUUUCAUUGGCCUAUGUAAGUAAAGCUCUCAACCAAUUUCAGCAGCCUGAGUUCACUUCUAGCGGAGAUGUUAAUAAGGUGUAGCUUUUUCAUGCAUACAUAAAAUAAAAUAAAAAAUCCUGUUCCUAUUGAUCUUAAUGGUAUUGUCCCAGGCAAGCACUUGGAUUGUUUAGGGCAGGCUGACAAUUUUCAGUCACAUAUUUUGUAAUGGGUAGGUGGUGGCUUGAAAGAGCACUGAUGUUGAUUUAAAAAUUGUUAUCUGACUGGGAGUAAUACAAAAUCGGAAAUGAUAAUGAAAAUUUCAAGAUAGGCUUUGCUGACAUUUUCUGUGUUUGUUACUCCUCCCUGCCCACUCCACCCAACCUCCCAAUUAUUUCUCUGCUAGUGUCAUCAGGUUUGGGAUAAUUUGUGGAACCUGAACACUGGGGCGUAUUCUAGCAGUUCAGAUAAUUAUUUUCCAGACUGACACUUGGUACAAACGUCCCUCUGUCUCAUUUUAAGGAUAAUGAAAGAAGCAUUGGUUUUGUGUUUCUCUUCUAAUUUAUGAUAAAUGACACUAAGCCUGAACAAAUUAGUCCUUUGCAAUGAAGUGGUAAUCAAAUCCGUAUGAUUUUAAUCCCAGGAGUGAGCCUUAGAGUGGUUUAAGUACAUAGGAGCCCCCAAGAGGAUCCUUUACAUGCUGGGGUAAUGCACUUGAUAGGGGAAGAGUGCUGAUGGUUUUCAUUACCACUCUUCCGUUAAGCAGAAUUUUUCUGCCUUUUAGAGACUGAGCAAUUUUGCUUAAUUGCUUAAAUGCUUGGGGGUUGGGAGAUUGUACUUAGAGAAUCUCUACCCUGGGGACAGCAAUUAUAAUGCCCAGAGUGUCUUCUUCCAUCAGCCUCCAGUCUGAAGGAGGAGUUAUUUGUGAUUCAUUCCCAAGGUUUAGUGCCAGAUUUCCUUGGGAGUUCCUCAGGACUGACUUUCAUCAUAUUUCUCCUUUAGGCUAAUACUCAUUUUGCAUCCUCCUUCUUAAUGUCAUUUCUGCAGCAUGUUGAGAGGCUGAUGCUAUUUUAUUAUGGUGUUUUGUUUUUUACAAUCAGUCUGUUUGAAUUAUUUAUAUGGAGAUCAUUAUAUACAGUGAUGUGUUGUUGACAUGUUGAUAUAUUUGGUUGCUUUUGUCAUGCUAUACUAUGAAUUGCUUUGAGCGUAAUAUAUCCAGAAAAGCAGUAUACAAAGGCUGCAGUCAGAUGUCACAAUAAACAGUGGGAAUGAGGAUAGGUGAGUCUAGGGCUCACAACCACCACCCACUUCCCUCUUCUAUUGCAGCAUGACUUUUGAUGACAGUUUCAGAUAACCAUAGCUUAGUAUUACAUUGAAACCAUAAACUAUGGUUUAUCCUGACAGUAGCUUAUUAACUCAGUUUGAAAUGGAGUUGUUUCACACUAUAGAUAAGGUUAGUUGCGGUUUGUUGGAUUUGGCCGACACAGCAAGUUGUGGUUAAGCAGGGAGGCAGGGAGACUUGUGGUUCCCAGUAUAUUGUUGGACUUGCAGCUGCCAUCAAUCCCAGCCAUCAUGGUCAAUGGUCAGCGUUGGUGGGAGUUAUAGUCCUGCCACAUCUGAAGGGCUACAGUUUGCUGUGAUGAAUCUAGCGCAGUCCAAAUGACUGUGACUUAGUGGCCCCUCUCAAAGGGUUGUCCUUUCCCCUGCUCCAGUAUUGAAUCCAAGUGGGGAAAAGAGGCUGUCAAAUUGUGGUUGGGACCUUCCCGAUUUGAGGGGAGAUGCUGUCCCCUGCGCACUCAAUGAGGGUUUCCCAAAGUAUCCUCUUGAAUGCUGAUGAGCAUAUGUAACUGCCUUGUGCAGUUGUUAUGUACAGUUAACACACAAGGAUUUUUUGAUUAUUAUUUUUUAAGAGCUUCUUGCUGCUAGAAAUGUCUGGAUUUGGCAGAUGGUGGGAGUGAUACCGGAAACAUUUUUGACAUCCUGUUGCUUCCUCCUGAUUUCCUUUUCUCCUUCUCCCCCUCAUAUGUCUGCCUGUGUCUGCAUUCCCAACUGCUUUUACACUACAUAAGGAGUGCCAGCUUUCUUUAUUAGAAGAUACAGCAGCUGUCUUGGAGUUUGCUCAGGCAAACACACAAAGAGUUUUCUGAAGUUCCACCGAGCCGUUGUCUAUCUUGGCCUUCUGCCAAAUGGCUCUCCGUUAACUCUGCCAAGCCCCCUUUUAUGAGGCAUACACUGAUGUGAAGUACUGAGCUUUAACUGCCAGAAUUCCCUUGUAGGCUCUUAACCACUUAGCUUUCUUGCUUGGCCCCAAAUCAUGUUUGACACAUCAUUUAAAGCCUAAGGUGUUCAAAAACAAAAGGCCAUGGUGUUGGUGAAAACAGGAGAGCGGCAUUUUCUACUUGGCAUAUGUGGGCAAGGUCACGAUCUAGUUAACCACAUCCCCCAGCCUCUGCAAAAAGCAGAGCUAAUAGCGGCUUCAAUAGACAGUUUGGUUUGGGAAGAAAUGUGGCAGGUGUAAAAUGUAAACUCUGCUCCAAUCAAAUGGGAAGCCCUAGGACUUGGUGCUGUAGAUUUAGCUGGGAGGAAAGCGCAUUAAGAGAUUUGAUCACUGUUCUGCUACAUUAUGGUUGCUUUGGCUUCUAGGCUCCCAUUUUUUUGUUGCUUGCCAGUGAUGAACUGACACAGAGGAUGCUACCAUGAGUAAAUACAAGAGCUUUCCUUGGAAGAAGGGCCUCUGUUGCAGAGGAUUGCCUCACUCCCCUUGCUUGCAUUCUUCUCACACAUGCACAUACCCAGAUUGCUUCUAGACUUAGUUGGGACAAUAAAGCCACCUUAAUAGCUCUUGCCAGCAUAUAAUUCUAAGCAACACUUUGGAGCCAACAUUUUGCUUUGCUCUUCACCUUCCAGAGAUGUGAUGUAGGAACAAAUGCCCUCCCCUUGUGGCGCCGUUGAACUGAGCCUAUGGGUUACAGUGGCAUAAGGAAAUCUGGCUGAUUCUCAUCCUUAAGUAACUUUCAUCAAGUGAACAUGGCAAAUGUGAAGUAGGAAGUGGGUCAAGAGUGAGCGCUGUGCCAUCCUAAGUUCUGUAUCAUUUGCAUGCCCCCAUUAAUAUCCAUAACUGAAAAUGGUCUCUUUAGUGCUUCCUUUGGUGGAGAUGAGUGUUUCACAAAUGUGCAGCACAAUCCUUAGCAUGUUCACUUUGAAGCAUCCCCAUUUUGUGAAAUGGGACUUAUUCCUGGGUUCAGGAAGCUUCAACUUUUCAGCUGAGUGUUACCCUCUGAGGCCCUUAAUAGACAAAAUGAAGAAACCACUGCAAAAAUGCCCAUUGCCUUCACUUAAUGUUAGCUGCUAAAAAGCCAUUCCUUGUUCCUCUAGGGAAGCUUUAAGGUUUUUGAAGCUCCAUGCAAUAGCCAAUUUCACUAGGAAAUUCACUUGAAUCCGUGUUUUUUUCUGUUCCUUAAGAUUGCACUCUGAGGCAUUGUCUCUUAUUAGAGAUCUUAGUAUCUCAUCCUAUCUUGAGAAUGUCCUAAAACUUGUUAAGGGAGAGGUGCUUAUUGAAAUCCUCACGUGCUAUUACCUUCAGCAUAUCCGUCUGUUGUUAUGCUGAGAAAUCAUCAAGAUGUGUGUACCAUUCUUGUCUGUAUGCAGAAGGAAGCUGAUACAAAGGAGAGGUCCGUUUUUGAUAUUCCAAUCUUCACGGAGGAGUUCCUGAACCACAGUAAAGGUGAGCAGAAUGCAAGACAUGUGUCCCCAUUCCAUUUUUUUUUAAAUGAUAUUUAUUAAAAUUUCAGAGAAAAAAAGAAUUACAGAAAAACAAAAAGUAAAAAUACAAGAAAAAUACAAAAUACAGAAUAAAAGAAUAAAAAACACUUAGAAAGAGAAAAAAGAAAAAUGAGUCAAUCUUUCCAUAGCUUACAUUCAUAUCAUUGUUUCCCUGACCUCCUCAUACCUCCCUUUUUUGUAUUCCAGUUCAAUUAGUUAAGUCAGCAAUUUCUUUCCCUCUUUGUUUUCUCAUGAUCCUUUAACUUAAUAUACUAUAACUUUAAAUUUUCAUCUAUUAACAAUCCUUUUUUACAUACACCUUUAUAGCAUUACUGCUUAAACCACCUAACUUCAUUCCAACAUCAUUCUAACAUUCAUUAAUUUUGCAGGAUUUCUGUAAAUAGUCUUUGAAUUUCUUCCAAUCUUCUUCCACCGACUCUUCUCCCUGGUCUCGGAUUUUGCCAGUCAUUUCCGCCAAUUCCAUGUAGUCCAUCACCUUCAUCUGCCAUUCUUCCAGAGUGGGUAGAUCUUGUGUCUUCCAAUACUUUGCAAUAAGUAUCCUUGCUGCUGUUGUGGCAUACAUAAAGAAAGUUCUGUCCUUCUUUGGCACCACUUGGCCGACCAUGCCCAGGAGAAAGGCCUCUGGUUUCUUCAGAAAGGUAUAUUUAAAUACCCUUUUCAUUUCAUUAUAAAUCAUCUCCCAGAAAGCCUUAAUCCUUGGGCACGUCCACCAAAGGUGAAAGAAUGUACCUUCAGUUUCUUUACAUUUCCAACAUUUAUUAUCGGGCAAAUGAUAGAUUUUUGCAAGCUUGACUGGUGUCAUGUACCACCUGUAUAUCAUUUUCAUAAUAUUCUCUCUUAAGGCAUUACACGCCGUAAACUUCAUACCUGUGGUCCAUAACUGUUCCCAGUCAGCCAUCAUUAUGUUAUGUCCAACAUCUUGUGCCCACAUGUGUCCCCAUUCCACCCACCCAAUAACUGGCAGAGUUGAGCAAAGGGUAUUUUACACAUUGCUCUGUGCAGUGUUUUGUUUUGUGACAACAUUAUGCGCAUCUACUCAAGUAAGUCCCCUUGAGUUUAUUGGGGCUUUCUCCCAUGUUAAGUGCAUAUAGAAUUUCGGCCUUAGUCACUUUGAGGUGGGACUGUUGUGGGACAAAGAGGAGGGAUAGAAGUAUUUUAAUUAAAGAAGCAAAUUUUCAUGAAGUCUAAAAUUGGUUAGCUACCAUUCAGCUUCAAGACUGAAAAAAAUAUAACUUCUUCUAUACUAACCCUCUCUUGUGCUCAAGGUGUAGAGUUUGUUCUGAUUUUUUGUAUGUCCCAGUCCUGUUCAAAAAGAGAUCACCGUAUUAGACUUACUGGUUCUUUUACCAGAUCAGCCAGUCUUCGGAGCCCCUUUCACCCCCUUCUUCUCCUCCAUGAAAGCAGCUAUGAACUUCUGGUGCUAACCAAAAUCUGCAGCGAGAGAGUUUCCCCUUGGAUUUUGCAGCAAUGCCUGGCUUGGAAUGUCAUUCCAUUUGAUGCAGUGGCAGCAGACACUUGUACUAGCAAGAUCUGGAGAUAUUCCCUGGGCAGCCUAUCCUUUUAGUUAUAUCAAGGUGAAAAUAAUUUUCAGAGAAUGGGAAGAAUUUUAUUAAUCAAGCAGAUGUUAGGGGCUUUUCUUCUGAAAUUGAGUGGCAAAGAGGAUUUGAGUUAUCUGUGCUCUUUGUCAAAAGAGGUCUCUAAAGUACCUUGGCAUAUGCCUGUUGGAACAGUGGCUGUGGCUGACUUACUUCGCCAUCAAAUACGUUCCAGGUCUUGAUUUUCUCCCCCUUUCCCUUGCCCCCUUCAGUUUAAUCCUUAUAUACCUGCUUGUUGUUUAUUUCGCUUCCCUUAUUGGAUAUUACCAAAUAUUCUCCAUAGCCAACUGUUGGACAAAAGGGCUUGCUUAUGAUCUCCCCUCCCCUUGUCAUCUGUUUCUCCGGUGGGGGGUUGACAGCACGGGAAGCCGAGCUGCGCCAGCUGCGCAAGUCCAACAUGGAGUUUGAGGAGAGGAAUGCUGCCCUGCAGAAGCACGUGGAGAGCAUGCGCACAGCGGUGGAGAAGCUGGAGGUGGAUGUGGUGCAGGAGCGCAGCCGCAACACAGUCCUGCAACAGCACCUGGAGACCUUGCGGCAGGCCCUCAGCAGCAGCUUUGCUGGAGUCCCUCUGCCAGGUGAAAACCCUUUCCAGAGCCUGCUCACCUCGGAAGCCUCAUUUCGGGCGGGGGGGAGGGGGGUUGUAGCCCUUGGUUUGCUCCAGGGAUUGCAUGCUAUAUGUCUGGCUAGGGCGCUUUCGGAUGUUCUAAAUGUGGAGAGCUGCCCCUGCUCUCGUGUGUAUGGUGUGAGCAUGUGUGUGAGAGAGAAAGUUUGAAGUUUGAAUUAGCUGUGCCAUUCUGUUGCCUAUGAGUACUUCAGAAGAGAGGCCUCCACUCUCUGCCAGCUGAAUGGAGGUGCCUGUGGGACCUUGAAGGCCUGUCAGCAGUCCUAGGAAUGCAGCGCAGCAGGGGCGUUGCCUCCAUUCAGGCUGGGGCUGCAUAGAAAAGGGGGAUUUGCCAAAGCACAAAAAGCGAGACGUGACCUUUUUCCUUUUUUAUUUUUAAGGACAAAUUUGGGGAGGCCUCAGAGACCCCAAAAACCUUUUGGCACCCCAAAUAUCAUAUCAAGGGAGCCAUGGGAGCAGUCAGUGAUCAUUUUAAAACUAUUUUUUUUAAAAAAUGAAAACAUCUGAGAAGCGACAGGUGGGAGGUACAGAAAUCUCUUGUGAGGUCCUGAUUUGACUUGUUGGCCACGGGUUAGUCCCUCCUGUGAUACAGUGUGGUGAAGCAGUCCCUUUUGUCCUACUAUUGGCCAAAUGCUGUAUCCAUGCAAGCAAACCACCUUCAUCCCAUGUGCCUUGCACUGACGAAGCAUUUGAGAAUUCAAGUCCCGUCUGCAAUUUGGCAUAAGAGUGAAGCUUCAGUCCCUGCUGUAGCUAUUGCAGUUAACACGCUGUUUUCUUUUCCCCUUUUCUCAUCUACACCUUGCAGGAAGUGGAGAGAUCCCCACAAUGGACACCAUUGAUUCAUACAUGAAUCGGCUGCACAACAUCAUCCUGUCAAACCCGCAGGAUAAUGAGAAUCUUAUAGCCACUGUCCGAGAAGUUGUAAACCGCCUCGAACGCUAGUGCCUGGGUGAGCCACUGCCUUGCCAGGACUCUUUGCUCUUCCUAAGACUGAAUUGAAAUGGCUGGCUUCCAAGUUAGAUUUCAGAUCCCAUAGACUUUGAUGUCAGCAUUCUGUAUUUGGUGAAAUCAAAGUCCAAUAGUAUUUAGUUGUCCAGCACAAAUGCCACAUUCACCACAGUCACUGUUUCUGAUAUUCUGAUACCUUACAUUUUUCACAGUUACACUUCCAUAUACAAGGGCAUAUUUAAUAGGGUUGCUAAAGAGACAAAUCAAGUCUCCCCACCAUGGUAUAUUUCCUGUUAGCAGUGUUUAUCAGCUCUUGUAUGCAGCUGUACUUUAAGAAAAGAAGCAGAAGCACUAGCUUGACCUUUUUGUUUUAAACCUGCAAGGCUAAGUUCCUGAGCCAUUAUUCUGAAUUGCCAGCAUGAAACCAAAUGGCAUUUUGAUUCAGUGGAUUCUGAGCGGAGGUCCAUCUGUGCCAUGGGAAGCCAGAGGUCCUCAACCUUUUUGGUCCUGACCUUUUGUGAUAAUUGCGUAGUGCAGUUAAUUGCGUGAUUCCCGUUUCAGCUUAGCUUAAGUAAAAAGGCCAUUGCCCUUCCCUCAAGCAGCCGGAUGGAACAGACGAGCAUUCCAAGUCAUGUCUGCUCCCUGCAGGAUUUAGAAGCAGCACUUUUGCCGCUGUUUUAUGAAAGGGAACAGCUUGCGGACACAAGUCUGGGAUUUUUCUGCGGCUCAUCAGCCUUCUUGUUUUAACAGGGCAUUUUCUGUUAGGAUGCCUGUAAGCUGGAAAGGAGAGGCUUGGGGAAUUGACAGGUGGGAGGCUGUUUGUCUGCGACAGAAUGUGGCAGUCAGUGAAGAGGUCUCCCUUUAGGCAGAUAUUGGAAGGGCACCUCAGGCCCAGAACCAGAUGCUUCCCAUUCAACACACCUUGCAGCAGAGCCUGACUCGAUGUUAAGACAGUUAGCUGUAUGCAGUUGUCUCUGCUGUUGUGAGUGACCCUAGGAGAGUUAUCAACAUUAUUUGUGGCAUCAAAAUGGAAAUGUGUUCUGCUUCUGGAAAAAAUUGCAUUCAAAUUUGAAUCACUUGAAGCAACAGCCACAAAAAAACAACCACCACGCUUCUCCUCUUUCCUCACUGUUCUGGUUAAGAAGGCAUGUUCUCAUGUUCUCACUCCCUAAAAACAACAUAGAUAAGGCAAUUAAGGCAGAGCUUGCAGGGCAGCAGUUGAAGAAGGAGCAAAAAGGGUUUUCUUGUGUGUGUGUAGCGGCGCGCGCAGUUUGAUCCAUCUUUUAGAUUUAGGGGAGCUAGUCUCAAACGUUUGUUGGGGGAGACCUAGGUUUUUUUUGUGGGGGAGUUAUUUGUCCUGUCUUCACGCUUUUUAUGAUGGAGGACCGCUGUAGCCACCCCCAACGACACGUUCUCAAGAUGGAGGGGGAGGGAACAGCUGCAGUCGCCUGCGGUUCCUGCGCAAUGUUUGCCAUCUUGCCAAAGGUUGCAGGCAGCUUUACCUGCAGCAAUUGCAUGUUGAUUGCCCUCUUAAAAGACAAAGUCCAGCAACUGGAGGAACGUGUAGCUACGCUCCAAAGAAUUAGAGAGCUGGAGCUCUUCUUGGAAGCAACAGAGCACACCGUCUCCACCAAGGAGGAGACAGGAGAAGGAGGCUAGUUCACCAACACAGGAGCCAGAUAUAUGGAGAAACGUGACUCAAAGAAGUAGGAGGCCCAGGGUUCACUCUGAUUGUUUAGAAAUACACAAUCGCUUUGAGGUCCUCUCCCUAGCAUGGAAGACGAAGAGCAGACUCCAUUUGAGGAUCUCUCCCUCAUUACAGUCGAUCAGGUAUAUGAAGACGAGCAGCAAAGUCAGUCCUCAGGGAAUGUGCAGGCGACCUUGGAACGGACAGCUCACGGAAGAACCCCGACCAAACCUAAGAGGAGGCGUGUAGUGGUGAUAGGGGAUCCCUACUGAGGGGAACAGAAGCAGUGAUCUGUGGGCCUGACAAGAUGUCUCGGGAAGUGUGCUGUCUCCCCGGGCUAAGAUCCAAGAUGUAACUGAACGACUGCAAGGAAUCAUAAAACCCACUGACAAAUACCCCUUCCUCUUGGUUCAUGUGGGAACCAAUGACACUGCAAGCAAUAGCCUCCAGAAGAUCAAAAGAGACUACGAGGCUCUGGGCAGGAAAUUGAAGCAAUUAAAUGCACAAAUUGUCAUCUCAUCUGUCCUCCCAGUUGAACGACGUGGCCCAGGGAGAGAGGGGAAAAUAGUAGAAGUGAACAGCUGGCUUCGCAAAUGGUGUAAACAGGAACGGUUUGGAUUCUUAGAUCACGGACUGCAGUUUCUUGAAGAUGGACUUCUGGCAAGCGAUGGGCUGCACCUCACAACGGUUGGGAGAAAUGUUUUUGCCAAAAAUCUCAGAAACCUCAUCAGGAGGGCUUUAAACUGACUAAUGUGGGGUAGUGAGACAGUGCUCCUGAAGGUAGGAGUCUAUCAAUUGAUGAAGAUGAUCAUACAAAUGUCAUAGACCAAAUGUAUCAAACAGCACGCAGACCUAUUGGUGGGAGGAAAAUAUCCUUAAAUAAGAGACACGGGGGAAUGAUUAAUGGACUUCAAUGUCUGUACCCUAAUGCGCAAAGCAUGGGAAAUAAACAAGAUGAGCUUGAGCUCUUGGUACAGCAAACUAAAUAUGACAUAAUAGGCAUCACUGAAACCUGGUGGGAUAAGUCCCACGAUUGGAAUGUAAUAAUGGGGGAUACAAUCUAUUUCAGAGAAACAGACCAGACAAGAAAGGAGGAGGAGUGGCGUUAUAUGUCAGGGAUGUGUAUACCUGUGAAGAGAUCCAAGAUUUAGAACCUCAAAGCCAAAGUGAGAGCAUUUGGGUCAAAAUUAAGGGAGAGAAGAAUAACAGUGACCUCAUUGUGGGAGUUUACUAUAGAUCCCUAAGCCAAACGGAGGACAUAGAUGAUGCCUUCCUGGAACAGAUGGUCUAGCAUGCAAAAGGAAGGGAGAUAGUAGUAAUGGGGACUUCAAUUACCCGGAUAUUUGUUGGAUGUCAAACUCAGCCAAGAGCAUAAGGUCAAACAGAUUCCUCACUGGCCUUGCAGACAACUUCAUUGUCCAGAAAGUGGGAGAAGCAACAAGAGGAACAGCCAUUUUAGAUCUGGUCCUAACCAAUGUUGAUGACCUGGUUAGUGGGGUAGAAGUGGAAGGAUCAUUAGGCGCGAGUGAUCAUGCUCUUCUGAAGUUUACUAUACAGCGGAAAGGAGCAGCCAAGCAUACUAGGACUCAAUUUCUUGACUUUAAGAAAGCCGACUUCAUAAAACUUAGGGAAGUGCUGGGUGAGAUCCCAUGGACAGUAAUACUAAAAGGAAAGGGAGUUCAUGAUGGCUGGGAGUUUGUUAAGAGGGAGAUAGUAACAGCACAACGUCAGGCAAUACCAAUGAGACGGAAACAUGGAAGGUGCCUAAAGAAGCCAGGGUGGCUAUCUAAAGAACUUUUAACUGAGUUAAGAUUAAAAAAAGGAUGUGUACAAAAAAUGGAAAAGGGGGAAACCACCAAAGAGGAAUUCAAACAAAUAGCCAGCACGUGUAGACACAAAGUCAGAAAAGCUAAAGCACAGAAUGAACUCAGGCUUGCUAGAGAGGUUAAAAGCAACCAAAAAGGCUUUUAUGGGUAUGUUCGUAGCAAAAGGAAGAACAAAGAAACAGUGGGGUCACUCAGAGGAGAAGAUGGUGAAAUGCAAACAGGGGACACAGAAAGGGCUGAACUCCUCAAUGCCUUCUUUGCCUCAGUCUUCUCCGAUAAAGAAAACAAUGCCCGACCUGAAGAAUUUGGAGCAAAUGAUUCAGCAGAGGAAACACAGCCCAGAAUAACUAAGGAGAUAGUACAAGAAUACUUGGCUAGUUUAGAUGUAUUCAAGUCUCCAGGGCCUGAUGAACUGCAUCCAAGAGUAUUAAAAGAACUGGCAGAUGUGAUCUCAGAACCACUGGCAGUCAUCUUUGAGAACUCCUGGAGAACAGGCGAAGUCCCGGCAGACUGGAGGAGGGCAAAUGUUGUCCCUAUUUUCAAAAAGGGGAAAAGAGAGGACCCAAAUAAUUACCGCCCAGUCAGUCUGACAUCAAUACCAGGGAAGAUUCUGGAGCAGAUCAUUAAGCAAACAGUCUGUGAGCACCUAGAAAGGAAUGCUGUGAUCACCAAUAGUCAGCAUGGACUUCUGAAAAAUAAGUCACGUCAGACUAAACUGAUCUCGUUUUUUGACAGAAUUACAAGCCUGGUAGAUGAAGUGAACGCAGUGGACGUAGCCUACCUUGAUUUCAGCAAGGCAUUUGACAAGGUGCCCCAUGAUAUUCUUGUAAAGAAGCUGGUAAAAUGCGGUCUUGACUAUGCUACCACUCGGUGGAUUUGUAACUGGCUGACUGACCGAACCCAAAGGGUGCUCAUCAAUGGUUCCUCUUCAUCCUGGAGAAGAGUGACUAGUGGGGUGCCACAGGGUUCUGUCUUGGGCCCGGUCUUAUUCAACAUCUUUAUCAACGACUUGGAUGAUGGACUCAAGGGCAUCCUGAUCAAAUUUGCAGAUGACACCAAACUGGGAGGGGUGGCUAACACCCCAGAGGACAGGAUCACACUUCAAAACGACCUUGACAGAUUAGAGAACUGGGCCAAAACAAACAAGAUGAAUUUUAACAGGGAGAAAUGUAAAGUAUUGCACUUGGGCAAAAAAAAUGAGAGGCACAAAUACAAGAUGGGAGACACCUGGCUUGAGAGCAGUACAUGUGAAAAGGAUCUAGGAGUCUUCGUUGACCACAAACUUGACAUGAGCCAACAGUGUAACGCGGCAGCUAAAAAAGCCAAUGCAAUUCUGGGCCUCAUCAAUAGCAUCUAGAUCAAGGGAAGUAAUCAAUAGCAUCUAGAUCAAGGGAAGUAAUAGUGCCACUGUAUUCUGCUCUGGUCAGAUCUCACCUGAAGUACUGUGUCCAGUUCUGGGCACCACAGUUCAAGAAGGACACUGACAAACUGGAAGGUGUCCAGAGGAGGGCAACCAAAAUGGUCAAAGGCCUGGAAACGAUGCCUUAUGAGGAACGGCUAAGGGAGCUGGGCAUGUUUAGCCUGGAGAAGAGGAGGUUAAGGGGUGAUAUGAUAGCCAUGUUCAAAUAUAUAAAAGGAUGUCACAUAGAGGAGGGAGAAAGGUUGUUUUCUGCUGCUCCAGAGAAGCAGACACGGAACAAUGGAUCCAAACUACAAGAAAGAAAAUUCCACCUAAACAUUAGGAAGAACUUCCUGACAGUAAGAGCUGUUCGACAGUGGAAUUUGCUGCCAAGGAGUGUGGUGGAGUCUCCUUCUUUGGAGAUCUUUAAGCAGAGGCUUGACAACCAUAUGUCAGGAGUGCUCUGAUGGUGUUUCCUGCUUGGCAGGGGGUUGGACUCGAUGGCCCUUGUGGUCUCUUCCAACUCUAUGAUUCUAUGAUUCUAUGUUAAUUUCAGACUGAGUUAGUUAUACAAAUAUGAACACUUAACUGCUGUUGAUGUUCCAACCACGGUUUGUAAUUAGACAUUCACUUGGCAAAAUAUUCAUCGAACACGAGGAGGCUUUGAAGGCAAAGGAUAGGAACUGUCAGGGUGGGGCCACCACUGAAAAGCAAUAAGUCCACGUAGCUUUUUAUGCUCUUGCUGUGUGUCAGGUUGCAUUAACUAGAAAAACUUUUUCCCUGUCAAAUGUAGUUUUGGCACGGCUUUUAACCUGCAGGUAAGAAAAACCCCUAAGUGCAAGUAGGUACCGCUUUAUAGCGGGAAGGUAACGGCGUUUCUGUGCGCUGCGCUGGUGCUGGCUCGCCAGAGCAGCUUCGUCACGCUGGCCACUUGACCCGGAAGUGUCUUCGGACAGCGCUGGCUCCCGGCCUCUUAAGCGAGAUGAGCGCACAUCCCCAGAGUCAGUCACGACUGGCCCGUACGGGCAGGGGUACCUUUACCUUUAAGAAAAACGCAGAAAUGCUGGGAACAAAAUCAGUUAUCACCUAAUGAUUCCUGGUGUAUGAGAUCAGAGACCAUUGCCAAAACUUCGACAUCUCUGGCGAAAGAUGCUCCACCCGUUUUUGUUAGGCUAACUGAAAGCACUGUAACUUUUAGAUGGGAAAGGCUGUUAAGGAGCUUAUAGAUCACUUGAAAGUAAUGGGGUCCUUGUUUCGCAUCUCAGUGGGACCUGGUCGCUUGGAUACUAUUUCACUCCUGCUUUCCCUUACAGCACUCACAUCAAUCUGUCACCCUAAUGUUUUGAUUCAUAUUAUAAACACCAGAAAUCGUUUUAAGUUUAACAGAACUGAUAUUAAUGUCACUUCAAAAUGUGUAUAUUCUACAGAGGUACAAAAAAUUAAUUCACUACCGGGGCUAGUAACAUUGGAUUUCUUUUAUACACACUUCCAUUUUAAGUUACAUCAUGUCUGUGCAGUUGAAACUGCUGCUUUUUGCUUCUCCUUGCUUCUUUUGAUGAUGGGAGCUGCAUAUUGACAAUUUUAUCUAUGGUGUUGUGUUUUCAAAUUUUAAAUGUGUAUUUUAUCACAUCUGCAUCUGUAGAGUUUUGGGGUGGGUACUUACUCUAAGCUGUUUCAGCCAACACUUCACAAUGUGUUUAAAUAGACGUUCUACAUCUUCAAGGAUGGUUUAACAGGAUGUUGUGACUUUGAAUAAACCUCUUCCAUACAGUUUUCAUAUCCAACUUGUCUUGAGUUGAUGAUGGCAGGGCAGUUGGGCCUGGCAACCAUGCUGGGCAUUCCCAUUGAAAUCCUUUUCUCUUGGGCAUAGCCCCAGUAUGCAGAUUCCUGAUCAAGUUGUCUUUAGGGAAGCUGGGGGGAAAGACUGAGUAUGACAGUGGCUAAUUGCAGCAACGCAGCUCAUGCCCAUUUUUCUAAAUCUUGUCAUCGUCGUCCACUUUGUUUUAUUUGCAGUUUCUUAGGCCCUGGAUGUUUUUCUUAAAGGGAUGAAACAAAUGUGAGGAAUGAGGGACAUGCUGGGAAUAAGCCGAAGACACUCUGGUUCUUGCUUACUGGACGAGCAUCUUCUGUGAGGACCCAGGAGCAGCCCAAGAGAAGAUGACAUCCCCUCUAUCCAACUUCUGGAGCAAGCUUGCACUGCUGUGUGCCCACCCGGCUGUGGGCACACUCUGGACUAGAAGAUGCCAUGAUGAUGCUUCCUUCUCUGUCAGGUCAAAGUUGUCUGUCUUUGGUAAUACAAAGCUCUGGAAUUUCUGUUGCCCAGGCUCUGACAGAGUCUCUCCCCCCCCCCCCCCCAGCGCAGUCCCACCCUGUUUCCCUGCACCUUUGUUGCAUGUACUCUGUGCUCCGCUGGCCAUCAAAGCCUCUCUUCCAUUUGGUGAAAAUGUCUGCAGACGUCUGUUAAUUGCUAAAAAAAACCCCCUCUGUGAUAAUCCAGUAAAAAAAGAAAAGAAAAAGGACCAUCCGCUUUCUUUUUCUCCUGGCAUUGUAAGUUCAAAACCUUCAUGUUGGACUGAAACCUUCUUUGUAGUUUGUUACCUAGUUGUUACAUGGUAGUCUUGUGAUUCAAAUAUCUCUUCUGAGCAACAGGAAAUGGGCCUGAAGGAGAAAUCACAUGCCCUUCCCCUUCUGGUAAUGUGUGGCCAUCCCAAAGAAAUAAACUAUGUAAACAGGUCUCUUGCUAUGGAUUUUUACAGAGCUCUAGCAAAAACAAAGUAAAUAAAAUGGGGAUCUGGAGGCUACCAUAAAGCAGGCAUGGAUAACCUCCGACCCACAGACUAAAUUAGUCUUAGUAGGGCUCAUAAUUUGCCCUGCAGAGGCAUUUUCUCUGCCAUACACCUGACAUCCUACACUGUCGAGAGUGGGGCAGUUAAAGACAUGACUGCAAAGGAGCAUUGGGGAGCCCUGAAGUGCACUUCUGAGUGUUCUUUGGCAGGGCUGAUAGCGAGCUCCACUGGGAUCUGCUGCGCUCAGGAGUUCCUGUUCAGUAAUCCAGCUGAUCCCUGCCAAAAGCAGGGCUUGAAGCUGGUGCCACUCAGCUGAUCAGCGCUGACUGCAAGCCCUACUUUGGGGCAGGGAUCUUCCUUUGUAGCAAACCCCUAGUUGCCCCUUUGAAGAGCUGCAGUACAUGCUUCAGCCAGUGGUAGAGGCCAGAGUGAAUUAUGUGGGUCACCCUAACCUAGAAUCUCACUGUGUUCCAUUGAGUCUGCACACAUGAGACUGCGUCUCCGCUCCUCCACAUGCAGCUGCUGGGUGACCUUGGGCCAGUCACACUUCUUUGAAGUCUCUCAGCCCCACUCACCUCACAGAGUGUUUGUUGUGGGGGAGGAAGGGAAAGGAGAAUGUUAGCCGCUUUGAGACUCCUUCGGGUAGUGAUAAAGCGGGGUAUGAAAUCCAAACUCUUCUUCUACAUUUAUGUCUCUACAAAUGUGAAAUGCUGCAGAAUCAAUUAAGCAAGAACAUGAGUAUGUUUGGCCCAGAUUCUAACACCUUGUGUGAAACCAGUGUAGACCACCCAUGAAAUAAGUUUCACCUGAGUUUGCUGUCCUAUUACCUUGUUUACAGAUAAUCCUGUGAGCUGCUGAAUUUCUGGAUAGAUCACAUUUGGAGGAACGAGCUUAAGGACAUUGGUGUGUCGCUAGCCAGGGAUUCAUUACAAAGACAUGUAUUGUGGAUGCAAGGUCCUACAGUACUUUCAGCCAAUAGAUGAGGAAAAAACAGUGAUUGCAGGGCUGACAAAUGAAUCCCUUUCUUCCUCAAAUGUGAUCCCCCCCCCCCAAUUUAAUGCCUUCUAUUGGUUUCUGCAAACACUGGUGUAACAUCACAAAAGUGUACUGUUGGCAUAUGUUUAACUCUGAUAAAAUACUGCCUUUUGAAUGUUUAUCUGAGUUUCGUGUAAACCUGGUACCUCCUGACAUCAAUCUGAUCUUGUGGCUUCAGCAGAAGGGCUGCUACAAUGCUAUUGAUAGCAACUGUACAGUCUGAGUUGGUACCCCUUGUUCACACAGCAGCUGUAUUUUCAUGCACCGACGGUGUGCAAAGAGUGCAGGAACAGUGGCAGCCCCUCCCAGAGAGUCCCUAGCAACUGUGCAGCUACACACAGAUUGCAACACAAUGCAGGACAAUUCUGGCAGCAAUGUGUGGAAAACUCCCAUUGACAGGAAGCAACAACAGCAG